CCUCAGGCAGAAACCACAGCAACAUGACUAAUCAAAACAUUUGAAGAAUGUAAUAGUCAACCUUUAACACACUUCUCAUUGCAGCACAUUGCACAAGCUGGUGAAUGGUAAACAGUGUGCUUUACAGCUGACGUAGCUGCACUUGUGAUUACCGGGAUCCAAGAUUACAGACAGUGACACGAUGGAAAAGCCACAAAGUUGACCCUAUGUUCAGACAUGUUCUAGGAUUUUACAAGAGCCAAACUGAAAGAGAACUGCUGGGAUCUUAAUAUGAAGUUUCACCCAACCCCCUUUUUUAAAUGAAAAAGAUUUAAAGCAGGAUUUGCUUUUCUGGAUAAAAGUCUUUUUCAAGAAGAUGUCUGAAAAGCCAUCUGGACUGAAUAAGACAUUAUACUGUGUAACCCUUUCAGUGGACCUAUCAAGUAAGUAGCUAAUCCUUUUGACUUUAACAAGAAUAAUCUGAAACAGGAAAUGAUUUUUUUCUGUGAAAAAGCACAACAGAUUGAAACAUUUGUUUCUUUAAGAAAAUAAAUUAUAUGGUGAUUAAUUUAAGGAUAAGAUGGAAAAGGUGAAUGUUCUGCAUUCUGUGCUAGGUAGGAAUAAAGCAGAAGUACAGAAAAACAACAUUGCUAAGCAUUUGAUCACAAGUAUAGUAAAUGUGUUUUGUUCUUCUUACACUUGGAAAAAUGUGUCAUUCCAAGCAAUGUUGCUAAGAUCUAUGGGGUCACUUAGGGUACCUCUACCAUGCUCAGAUUUCUGAAUCUCAUAAUGGUUUAAUACACAGAAGCAUCAGUCAUGCAGUGCUUUGAAAUAUGACUAAUGAAAAUGUUUAUGUUAAAAUUUAAAAAUGACACAAAUUUAAUUGGGAAAGUGUGUGAGGCAGGAACUGUUUUUGUGAUAUUUUGGGGCACAUAAAUAAAACUAAAAUCCAAAGGAUUAAAAUAAAAAUAUUUUAUAUUGUUAAUGCCAUUUUAACAAUUUAUCCCAAUUUGUUUUACUUAUUAAAACAACUGUAUAUCUUUUGAAUAAUGGCAGAUUGACAGUCAAAAGUGACAGGGUAAAAAGCACAAACUCCACAGUGCCUUUUAAUUGCUUCACUGUAGACUAUUUGGAAUAAAUGCUGAUGUUUACUAUUUCAGGUGGGUUUUGCCCCAUUUUAGACUGAAGCUAAAAUAUUUUUCCGAUAAUCACUUAUCUCCAGCUCUGUCCUAUUUAACAAUUAAAAACGAGUGGGUACUUAAACUUCUUGAUUGAAUUUGCUAUAAAACAGCUAACCUCCCCAGCAGUGGGAUCAAAAUGUUUUCCACAAGGCUCACACCUAUGACAAGCCCACUGUCUGAAAUUUAUUUUGGUUUAGAAGCCCUUAAAGACAAAUGUUCCAUUGAAUGGGCUUACUCUCACAAAUUUCCCUCAAGCCACCAAUUUACUACGCCCAUCUCCAUGUUUCACCAGUCCACCCAGCUCAUAAUCUAGUCUCCAUCCACGGGAACACUAUCAAACCUUUGUGCUAGGUUUAGGUAGUCAGGUUUGUGUCUUACCAGAUUUAAUAUUUAAAGUUAAGUUAAUAUUUACUGGUGUUCUGUCCUGGAACCUGAAACAGGAGCUGAUGGCAUUACAAUCAGCUUUCCCCUCCCUGAUCAUUAAAGAAAACCCAGAAUAGCUGAAUGGAGACUGAAUGUGCUCUGUAGCCAUGGAAUGCUGACCAAUGAUGUGGGCAGGGCAGGUGAUGGAAACUGGGUGGGAAUGGAAUGGACUAUCCUGGAGGAUGGCAUAACUGACUGGAAUACUAAACAGAACACUCCACACAGCAAUGUCAAUUUCAGUCUCUCUCUCUCUUUUCAAUUGUUCCAAUCUUGUUUGUGCUCCUGUUUGUGGAAAAGAUACAUAUGUGUUAUUGUUUUUUUAAAAAAGAAGUCCACAUGAACAAUCAGAUGCAUCUUUGUGUUCAUGUCUCCUAAUAUACACAUUUAUGUAUGUUGUCCAGUAUGUGGGAUUUUUGCAAAACAUUUAAUGGAGUGUAUUUUGCACAUGAUUUUCACUAAUAUACACUUUUGUGUGCAUAUGUGGCAUCACAACAUUUGGAGAAGUACGAAUUUCUGAGAACUGUAUUUCAGUUCUCAUAUUGUUUUGGGAAGCAUGAAUGUGGUAGGUUCAAAAUAAAAUGCAAAGUGAACUAAUUUCCUCUGCCAUCCCUAAUCUUGGCUUUCUCUGACAAACAUCAAGUCAUAUACAAUAUUUUACAAUCCACAUAUCUUCCCAAUUUCCAUUCAGUGGUAAUUAAAAUAUAACUUCUUGUUGUUAAAGCAUUAUUUUACACUUAUAAUGAUAUUGACACAUCACAUGUCAGUCAGAGUAACUAAAGACUUCCUAAAUGAUGUCUGCCUAGGACAGUGACAUGUGACUGCCUGGUCCUGUGUGAGGUGGAAGAACUGCCAUUGUCUUCAGGUUCUCUGCAUACUUCCAUUUUCCUGGUGACUACAGGAAGGAUCUACCACAUAGUCACCACUAUUUAAAUAAACUAUAAUCUUAUGUUAAUUAUAUUAUUAACUUCUUUUGUGACUAAUGGCCUCACUAAAAAUGUCAUGCAACUCUACAAAAAGAACCACUGUGAUGACCCAGUGUGCCUGAAUGUGACCUUUUUUCACAGCAAAUCACAGAGAGUAAUUAUAUACAGAAUGUUCUGAGUAGAUGGUUCCUACUUAAUGAUGGAUUUCAGAACCAUAGAUUACAGGUUUUAAAACUAAUGAGCUAAAUCCUAACACUAGAAUGACAGUUCAAUUUAUAUCCUAGAACAUGAUCAGCAGAUUAUGCCCCAUUAAUUUAACAGAAACUAUAUUUCAUGUAAUGCAUGUUCAGAACUGCAGCUUUGAAGGUCAUAACACAAUGUUUACUGAUUAUUUAGGGGUUUUUUUAUAAUGCAUGUCGUGAUCAAAGGUCUUCCUAAGGCAGUUCACAAUAAACACCAAGAAAAAAAAUUAAAGGGUGCUCUAUUUUAUGCAGAUUUAACCACACACAAUUAAGAAUGUUAACUAACCUCCAACCUCUUUACCCCUCAUUCCUGAACACAUUAAACCCAGUUGAGGGAAUCCAAUGUACCCAACCAUAUAUGAACAAGGUUUGCCCAUUCUCUUUCAUGCUGAGGGAAAUUCUGUGACAUAUUAAAAAUGAUGGUGUCUAUACAUUCACCAAUAAUGAAAACAACAAUUUGUGUAUAUAGUCACUGUUAAAAUAUGUCUCACAUGGUGGGUCUAUCUGCAGAAAGCUGUUUGUCUCAAGGCUGUGGUUGCCUCCUGUGUAGGAAUGAAUGAAACAGCCUAUUUCUGUCCUGUGUCAGUUUCUCCUACAUGCAAAAAUGAGUCCAGGACACUCUGUUCAUGUGCAAUUUUUUAAAUAAAAGAGUGAACACUGAACAGUUCUACUAAAAAAACAAAUAAAAAACCAGGUACUUAUGAGGUAGUCCUUGGACUGACUUCUUUGUACUGUACUGCAACUGUACUCUCCAGAGGCACAUAUUUCCCCCAUACAAUACUCCAGGAAGGGACUACACAUUAUGGCAUAUGGUUGCUUCCUGGGAGCAUCUUAAAAUACAAAAAAAAAGCAAAAAAAAAGCACGUAGGCAUGUCAUAAUGUCAAAGUUGUAACGUCUUUACAACCAAAUGGCUCAAGCUAUUGACAUGAUCACCCCUGAGCGCCCUCUCCCACUUCGUGGAGCCCAAUUGGCCCUCUGGUAUAAUACUCCAGAGCGUAGGGGGAAGAAACAAGCUGGGAAACAGCUUGAACGCAAGUGGAGGAAAAAUCCAAAUGAAUGCAACCAAACAGUGGUAAGGGCUCAUUACUGAGCCUACCUAGUGGCAGUGAAGGAAGCAAAGAAGGCAUACUUUACUGCCUCCAUUGCAUCAUUAUGUAGUCCAGCAGAGCUUUUCUGGGUUGUACAAGGCCUUUUACAGGCUGGCCCAAAGGAAGUGAUAGAACCAACAGUACCUCACUGUGACUUGUUUGCAAAGCAUUUUGAGGAUAAAAUCGCCUGCAUCUAUCAAUACCUAGCAGAUGAAUCUCAUGGGGUGCCCAGAGCACAGUCUAGUCAUGUUGUGUUGGAUGAGUUUUAGUUGGUAAGGCUCAAGGAUGUGGACAAGGUGCUCAGAUCAGUCAGGGUGACCACUUGCACUCUAGACCCUUGCCCCUCUUGGCUGAUAAAAAUCAGCAGGGAGGGAACAGGUAGCUGGGCCAGGGAGGUGAUCAAUGCCUCUAUACGAGGGGGUGGUCCCUGCCUGUUUGAAGGAGGCAGUGGUAAAACCACUCCUUAAGAAACCUUCCCUGGAUUCGGAAAACCUAAGCAACUACUGGCCAAUUGCUAAUCUCCCUUUCCUAAGCAAAGUUUUGGAGUGAGUGGUUGCAGACCAGUUCCAGGCGCUUUGGGAAGAAACUGAUUUUCUGGAUCCAUUUCAAUCGGGGUUAAGGCCCAGUUUUGGCACAGAAACUGGUUUGGUUACCCUGUAUGAUGACCUCGGUAGAGAGAGAGACAAGGGAAAUGUGUCCCUGUUAAUUCUUCUCAACCUCUCAGCGGCUUUCAAUACCUUUGACCAUGGUAUCCUUCUCGAGAAACUGUCCCAACUAUGGGUGGGCGGCACCGCUUUGCGGUGGUUCCAGUCCUACUUGGAUGGCCGUUCCCUGAGGGUGUUACUUGGGGAAUGCUUUUCAGCCCUGUGGAACCUUCAAUGUGGGGUUCCGCAGGGCUCAAUCCUAUCCCCCACGUUGUUUAACAUCUACAUGAAACUGCUGGGAGGUUUGGAGUAUGUUGUCAGCAGUAUGUUGAUGGCCCUCUGCUCUAUUUCUCCUUUACAUCUGCAGGUGAGGCAGUGAAAGUGCUGGACCAGUGUCUUGCUUUGGUAAUGGACUGGAGGAGAGCCAACAAACUGAAACUCAAUCCAGAUAAGACUUAGGCACUGUUAGUGGGUGGUUUCCUAGACCAGACAGGUGGGAGACUGCCUGCUCUUGAUGGUGUUACACUUCCUCUGAAGGAGCAGGUUUGUAGAUUCGGGAUACUCCUGGAUCCUUUGCUGUUGCUCGAGGCUCAGGUGACCUCAGUGGCCAGGAGUGCCUUCCAUCAAGCUUUGACUGGUGGCCCAGCUACGCCUCUAUCUGGACAAGGAUAGCCUACUGUUGUCUGUGCUCUGGUAACCUCAAGGUUAGAUUACUGCAAAAACAUUCCUUUUUAACCAGGCCUUUGGUUGUUUUGAUUGGCAUCCUAUGCCUUUUUAAAAUGUAAGGGUUAAUUUGGCAGGGGGGGUUAUUGGGUAGUUUUAAUUUUGAUUAUAUAUUUUGUGGUUUUAUAUUUUGAUUUUCUUCUGUGAACCACCCUGAGACCUCUGGGUAUAGGGCGGUAUAUAAAUUAUUAUUAUUAAUAAUAAUAAUAUACAAAGAAAUGAGGUGUCAGAGAACUGCCUUCUACAUAUAUUUUAUUAUUAUCAUUAUUUUGCUUUGCCUUCUACAAAUGUAGUUGCAUUGUCCCCAUGGCUCUGCUGGUGUGUAAAUGACAGAGACUAAUGCUCAGAUUUACAUUCCAAUUUGCCCGUGAGUCCACGAGGCUGAAAUGGUUAGGUUCUCUCCUAAUUGUGGAGCAAACUGGAAGCCUCUGAAAUCCUUACCAAUGAGUUAACCCUGCCCUGUGGAACUGCAGUCACUGGCAGAGGAAGAGGAGUGUGGGGGGAGCACCCCGUCCCUGGAGAUCCCAGUAGAGUGCCAUCGCGGCUGCCCGUGCUGCCCCUGCAGGCAGCAUGCCCCGCCCCCAUGAUGCACACCAGCCCCGCCCUGACCCGCCUGCUUUUCGCCCCGCCCCAGUGCCAGAGCAUGAAGCUCUGCCACUGACUGCAGUCAUACAUAUAUGGAUUCUCUGCUUCCAUCAACCUUUAUGCUAAAGAGAGAAGGACCAUGACUAGCACAUGUACUCACUGGAGAAUUGUUCAUUUUAACUAAAAUUUUUGAACUGCUUGGGAGCUCCCCUGGAACUGCUUGAGAAAUAUACAUACCUUGUAAAUUAACGGUUUGGCCAUAUGUUUACUACAUUACUCCAUAAAGAGUGCCAUUUCCGUUUCCCAUUUUUGGAGAGAUGCAGCAAGCUCCAAAGGCCUUUUUUUAAAAAAUACCUCAUUAGGACAGCUUCUCCCUCCUUUUAAUUUGUGCCUUUGGCAUAGUGGUACGUCAGGCCAGAAAUAGCACCUUGAGCCUUACCAACUGAAACUCAUCCAACACAACUUUGCUUCAGGAUGAGAACAGAAAUUGCACGACGGCGGUGCAGUAGCAACGGGAGGCCCCAUUAGCUAAAGUGGUACCUCAGGUUAAGAACAGUUUCAGGUUAAGAACGGACCUCCAGAACGAAUUAAGUUCUUAACCCGAGGUACCACUGUACAUUGGUUGGGAAGGGCUGAUGCAAAAGAGGGCAGGACUCCUGCACCUUUAAUAGUUGUACUGAAGAGCUAAUUGCAUGACAAGCUACACCUGCUAGAAUUCUCUUACAUUCAAGGUGCAAGAGCCCUGUCCUUGUUUGGUGUUUUUUUUCAGUUAAUAUUUAUGUAUACUUUGUAUAUAACUGAACUUACACUCAAUUACUUAAUAUUAUGUAGAAUCAGUGAGCUAGUCAGAAAUGUAGGUGUCCCUGAGAAAUACUUCAUUUGUGGUCCGAAACACUGGAGGUGUCACCCACCUCAACCCCCCAGUGUAGCAUCAGACAGAUAAGGCUUAGACUGGAGACACAUAGACUGAAAUGGCUGCUCAACCAUUAAUUAAAUUAAAUAACAUAAAAUUAAUUAAUUAAACUCACUUGGCCGCUCAUUGUCCCUUGGUAUAAAUUGUUUUGUAGGAUUGUGGUGAGGAGAGUUGAAUCCUGAGCACAUUGGGAGAAGGAAUAUAGGAAAUAUUAUUAAAUGUUGGGCGGUAAAAUUAGCACUCCUUAUAUUGCCCUUCUAAUGUGAUGUCUUUGCUGCCCAGAUGCUCACAUAGAUUGGCUCUUCAAGUGGAGAAAACACUACAGGACCACCUUGACUAGGGAUAAUUGUUGGACUCCCAACUUCCAGCAUCUUUGGAUGGGGCUGAUAGGAGUUUAGAGCCCAACAGCAUCUGGAGGGUCACCCUAUCUCUGACUUAGGCUGUGUACACCCCCCCCCAUACAUUUAAAGCACUUUUCCUUUUCCUACAAAUAACCCUGGAGAUUGUCGUUCACAAGCGUUUGGUGGUGGGCGAUGUGCUUUAAAUAGACAGCGUCUGUGCAGUAUAUGCAGUUCGAGAACAACCUGCGGUCCCAAAUGGCCAGGUGCACUCACUGCCCCAGAAGGGUGGAGUAUAAAUAAUAGUAUUUUUAAUUUUUUUUAUAAAAAUAUAUAUAAUGAAGGCAAGCGCAUUUUCCUUCUGAAGUCCCCCUCCCCGGCCCUUGUGGGUGGACCUGCAGUUCUUAUAAUCCCUGCCCAUUCCCCAGGCUUGUUGGGCCUGAGGGGAGCCACCCCGUUCUCCGAGCUACAGCUAGGAGGAACCUCCGCUCACCCAAGAAACUUGGUUGUCGUUAAUAAAAUCGCCCCCUCACAUCUCUCUUUAAAGCCACAGGAGCCAGUGGGCCGCGGAUCCCGCAAGGUAAUGGCGACUCGAGUGAAGAAUUUCUGUUCCUCUCGUUCGCCUGCUGCUGCGACCCAAGUUCGCUCCAAUUUGGACAGGAGAAGCUGGGCCGAGGCGGGUGGGGAGAGACAUGUGUAGUAUAUGAUAUGAGGGGAGGUCGCUUCUUCCUCGUUUUUAACGAGGGAGGGGGGAGAAUAAAAGUUCGCCAUUGCGCCCUGAGGAACGCGAUAGGGCGCUUCCUGUUGCUGCUGCUUCUUCCAAUUCAACCCAUCCCGACGCUUCCCCAACGUUACGGAGGGGCGAGGAAGCUGAGGGAAAACCAGUCCGAGAAGUAACCGGCGGCGGGUAAGAAAAGAGCGUAGGAAACACCGGCGCGAGCUUGGCCUCCGCAGCGCCCCCUCUGCCGGCCCUCGGUAUCUCCCAGAGUCUGCCCGAGCGUGACUCCGAGGCUGGCGGGCUCCUCCCCCUCCCGCUCCCCUUCCUCCUCCUCCUCCCCCUCUCGCGUCUGUGGCGCUCGCUUCCCCGUCACCCUCCCCCUCCCGCUCUUGUGCCGGGAGGAUCAAGAUGGACGGGGUGCGUCGCUGCCUGGCGAUGGAUUGAGGGAGGUGAGCGAAGGACGCCGGGAAGCUGAGGCGGCCACAGCGGCGGCGGCGGCGUCUGAGGAGAAAGUCUGCGGCGCCGCGGAGAGCGAGCGACUCACUCACUCGGGCAGCGGGGAGGAGGAAACAAGAGCGCGGCGGGGCCUCGCGGCGGCCUUUCCUAAGCCGCCUGACCGGGUCACCCUGCGAGGCCUGCGGCUGCCAGACAACGCGAGCGCCGCGGCCCGGCCCGGGUAAGAAGAGGAGGCGGGGAGAGCUGGGGCUCCGAGGCAGGCGGUUCCGGGACGGCUCCGCCGCUGGGCUUGGGGGUCCGUGUGGGGAAGGCGGCUGGAGCGGGGAGGCUGGAGAGAGGCCACGCCGAGUCCCGGCGCGGCGGGGCUUGGUAGGCCUGGGGAAACGGAGGGUUUGGGGACGGGAGGGUAGCGAGCGGGGUCGCCUGUCCGGGCUGCCGCGAAGAGAUCUGGUUGGGGCCUGUGGGCCUAGUAGGAGGCGAGGCGAGGCGAGCAGGUGCUUCUUCCUCGGGGCUCGCCUGAGCCCUGGGCUGCGGGCCCUGUGGAGGGGAAGUGAUCGGCUUCCUCUCGGUGCCUGAGCUUGUGGCCUUACGUUGUUUUCGGCUCUCCUUUGUGACUAGGGGUUGUAAUGCUAACCGUGUCUACUCGGGAGGGAAUGCUGUUGAGUUCAGCGGGGCUUACUCUCGGAGAAUUGCGGGUGGGGUUGGAUUGCAAGCCGGAUCUGUAAAAGUCAGUGUAACAUCCCUGGCUGUAUUGUCUGGCGUUGGCGUUAUUCAAUCUCGUCGUAGAAGGUCGGCAAAUAAUUAUAUCACGAACGUGUGAAGGUACCUCAUGGUCAGGCUGUUGGUCUGUGUAGCCCAGGAGUUAUCUACUCUGACCGGCAGCGGUUCUCCAAAGUCUUGGGUAACUUCCAGCCCUGUUACCUAAGAUCCUUUUAACUGGAUAUACUGCGGACUGAACCCUUCUGUGUGGAAAGCAUGUGCUUUGCCACCAAAGUUUGGCCCCUUCCCCCACAUUUAUUACUUUGUGGGAGAGUGUGCCUGACUGUGUGUUUGACUUUUAUUUAUUUAAGCUAAGUGUGUCUUUCACUGUGCAUGUAGGCAACCUUUGAAGGAUUUACCUUUGUGAUAUAUGUUUUUAAUACAGGACAAAGUUUGUUGUUGUUGUUGUUGUUACCUGGGGUUUUUCAGCCUGCAGGAAUUAUUCUAUUGUUUUUAGUUUGGUCUCUCAUGCAGACCAAGUUGAAAGUAAGUUUGACUAAUUUCUAUGUAACUUUUUUUAUAACUGGGUAGUAUUUUACAUCAUAAGGCUAGUUUUUUUUCUGGAAUGCCCCCCCCCCCCAUGUUGUUAAAAGGUAACAUUAUUAAUUGCUAACAUGUCACAAGCAAACACAAGCAGACUUUGCCCAACAAUAUUUUUUUUAAAGGCACAAUUCUGGAGAGAGUCUUCCUUUCCCUAAUACGUCAGUAACUGAAGAAACUUUGUACAGUUAACUUUUUCCAUGUUUGUAAUAUAAUUCAUUUAUGGAAGGAUAAAAGCAAAUGUGUGAAAGGGCAUAUUUACUUCAGCAAAUUGCUUUUGUGUGUGGUGGUUAUAUUGAUCCAGGAACAGCCUCAGGUUUACAAAAAUAGGUAAUUACUUGUAUGUUAAAGUAAGAAGCUUUAAUAUGCCAAUAAAGAUAGCAUGUAGCUUCUGAAGUACAAGGGAAUUAUGAGAAUUUUUCAGCUGUUUUCAGCUUAUCAUUAGUUUUUAUACUGGUUUUCUAUAACAAAUUAUACCCAAAGUGGCUUAAUACAUAAGAAAGAGUGAUGUGUAUCAGAAUUUUUUUAAAACCUAGUAAUACAACGUAUCAGCAGUACAUUAAGAUAGUAAUCCAUAUCAGUAGCCUAUCAAAUCACUGAGACCAAUUAAUUUUUUAAAAAGAAACUUUAAAAUAAUUUUUUAAAAGCAACAUUGACAUAAAGUUUACUAUCAAUCUCUAAAAACUAUAAAACUAUAAAACUAUAAAAAAUUGAAUGACAGCAAGAACAGAACUUUAGGAACAGAUAAAUAAGUAAGCAAUGCCCAGAAGCAGUGGGAAUGGCAUACAUAGCAUAGUGCAUAUAUAGAAAGAUAUAAUUGGAUGUAAAACAAGUCAAUAAGGUAUAGCAUUCAAAAUACAUUCCCUGAUCUCUCCAUUGCAUUGGAAGGCCACGCCAAAAAGUUUCAAAAUAGUUAACAGUAAACCAGGUUACCAGAGCAUGCACUUUUGUGGCCAAGCUAUCCCUUUCCAGGAGCAGUUGUAGUUGGUGAGGCAGCCAAAGGUUGCCAUUUGCCAUUGCCAUUUGGAUAUUUGGUGACUACUCCUAGGGACUACAAACUUGUUCCUUCAAGGGAGUGCAGUCCUAUCUAGAGCAGGCUGUCUGCCUCAUUCCCCAACAUGAGAACCAACAACCCAAAGGACUUUCAUCUUUCCAGGAUUCAGUCACAAUUUAUUGACUGUAAUCUAGUUCAUUACAGUGGUCCAGCGCCUGCACACCCUCAGCUGACUUAGAUGACAGAAGUAAUAGAAGUGGUUGUCAUGCCAUCACCAUCCCAAAGGUAAAGGUAAAGGUACCCCUGCCCGUACGGGCCAGUCUUGCCAGAUUCUAGGGUUGUGCGCUCAUCUCACUCUAUAGGCCGGGAGCCAGUGCUGUCCGCAGACACUUCCGGGUCACGUGGCCAGCGUGACAAGCUGCAUCUGGCGAGCCAGCGCAGCACACGGAACACCGUUUACCUUCCCGCCGGUAAGCGGUCCCUAUUUAUCUACUUGCACCCGGGGGUGCUUUCGAACUGCUAGGUUGGCAGGCGCUGGGACCGAACGACGGGAGCGCACCCCGCCGCGGGGAUUCAAACCACCGACCAUGCGAUCGGCAAGUCCUAGGCGCUGAGGUUUUACCCACAGCACCACCCGCAUUACCCAAAGGUACCCAACUCCAUAUCCCUUAAUGACUUCUCUAAAUGGCUUCAUAUAGAUAUAAAUAACUUGGGGGACAAGAUGGAUCCCUGUGGUAUCCCCACAGCACAGCUGUUAUGGGGAAGAGCAGAAGUUUCAAUGCAGCCCUUUGAAAUUUAUCCUGCAGGUAGAAGCAGAGCUACCAUAACACCAUGCCUGUAGAGUUGGUCCAGCAUAACCCCCUACCCUGCAGCAUUGGUCCAGCAAGAUACCAUAGUCAGUGGUAUCAAAAGCUGAUUCAAAGUCCAAGAGAACCAACAGGGUCAUAAUAUUCCUGUCUCUGUCAUAAAGCUGCUCAUUCAUCAGGUUAACCAAGUCUGUUUUGGUUUCAAAGCCUUACCUGAAGCCAGACUGAAAUUGGUCUAAAUAAUUUGAUUCUUCUAAGAACACCUAAAGGUGGCCACUCCAGCACCUUGCCCAAGAAAGGGGGCAUUAGCAACAAGGCAUCCAGUCCCAAAGUAGUAAUGGGAUAUUAUGUGGUGGAGAUACCACCAUUUUCUAAUCACUGCUGCUUUCUGCCUGCCAGUGAAUAAGGUGGGAGGAGUGGCUAUUACUUUUACCUACUGAGGUUGGGUUUUAAAAAUUUUCCCACCCAUGGACUGCUAUGGUGGGGGUGGGAAUAACACUAGUUCCUGGGCUGGCAUAGUUUUGCCACCGUUUUUGGAGUAUUUCAUGAGAGUGAGAUUUUGUAGGAUUCUGUGGGUCAGGGUUUUGCCUGACAUACCCACAGAAUGUCUCCCUUUGUCCUUCACUGUGGAUGAUUGUUUCUGCCUGUGGAAUAGCAGUGGCAGUAGACAUCAUUUCUCUGCUCACUGAGAAGGUCUGGAGGAUCUGGACAGCUUUAUUGGGAGUUUAGGGUAUGUUCUGUUAGAAAGAUGCAGCUCUGAGCUCAGUGAAACUUUUAAGUAAAUAUGAAUUGGCUUGGGCUGAAGCUGUGGGUAGUGCAGUCCAAAAGAGUGCUCCUAGUGUAGCCUGUAAUUGCCACAUUUGUUGGUAUCUCUUCACUGAUAUACAUACCCCUUCAGUUACAAAUAGGCAGUCUGUUAGAGGGAUGUUUGUGUCAAGGUGAAUGAAAACAGCAACAAUCGGAAUUCUUUAAACCAAAAUUUAUUAGGGUAAUAGUCAGUGUUGGUUAUAUUCAGAGUAGACUCAUUGUAACUUAUGGACAAGUACAUUGAUUGCAUUGAGUCUGCUCUAAGUAAUAUUGGAUAUCACACUAACUUUAUUUCCUUAAAUAUUUAAGGAAUAUUUGGUCAUAAUUAGCAAUGUUGUGGCAGCAGAAAAAGUUCCUUCUUAGUCUUUAGGAUUCAUUUUAAUCAUUAUGUGGUCACUACUUGAAUCUUGGAGGGGAUCAUUAUGUCAGUACCUUAUAGCCUAAGAGGAAGAUAAAAAAUGCUUCAGUAGAUGUUCCAGUUGUAAAAAAAAAAACUUGAUUAUUAUUUAGGAAGAGGAUGUUAGUUCUUGAACUGCUAGUGUUCCGUUUUCCCUUUACAACCAUAGUCAUUUCUUACAAGGUAUAAUUACAACAUCAACAAAUGAAUGCAUAGUAUUAGAUACAAGCACUGAUGAAGUACUGGAACAUUGUGAUUGUGACAUUUUGCUGGUGUUGCCCUUUUUGGAACUGCUGGGCUUGAUGUUGCCACCUUUGCAUAAUCAACCUAUGUGUUGUAUGCAAAACUCUAACAUGAUGAAUGAAAAGAUAUAAAGAAGAUUAAAUGUUAGGACAGAAAAGCAUAUCAAAUUCCUGGGAACCACUAUUAAUUUUUUAUGCCUCAGGCUCCCUCUAACUAAAAUCCUUAGGUAUCAAUACUAGUUCUGUAUCCUUGGGUGAUCAGGCACUUGGCACUUUUACAGCCCUGGAUAAAUUAUUUUAAUAACAUGAGUAAUGUUUAAUAUCUGAGUACUGUUCCAAUUACAGUGGUACCUCAGGUUAAGUACUUAAUUCGUUCCGGAGGUCCGUUCUUAACCUGAAACUGUUCUUAACCUGAAGACCACUUUAGCUAAUGGGGCCUCCUGCUGCUGCCGUGCCGCCAGAGCACAAUUUCUGUUCUCAUCCUGAAGCAAAGUUCUUAACCUGAAGCACUAUUUCUGGGUUAGCGGAGUCUGUAACCUGAGGCGUAUGUAACCUGAAGCGUAUGUAACCCGAGGUACCACUGUUUACUACAUCUUUGGGCAGCACACAUACACACUUUUAUAUAGUGAUAUUUUUAAACAUGUUUCUAGUUGUUAUGGCUGCAAUGAUAACCUUGAAACUGUUUUAGCAGUGCCUUGUGAAAUCUUCCAACACAAGACCAAUUCUGUUGGUCAAGGAUGACACUGUGCAGCACUUUUUCAAUGAUUAGCACAAAGAAAAUAAAGUAUACUAAAUCAUCAGAUAUAAUCUAUUGUGCGUAGUUUAUCCUGACUGCAAGAAUUAGGUUACUGUGGUGCACAAUUAUUUCUGAAGUGUGCAUAUUUUUUUGCAGUAAGUAUCUGCUUGACAAUUCUACACAUAUACUCGGAAAUAAAUUCCAUUCAGUUCAAUCAGGCUUUCUCCUGGGUAUGUAUGUAUAGAAUUGCAGCAUAAAAAUGUUGUGAUACGGUUGGGAAGCACAAUUUAAAAUUUGACUGUACACCUCUUGAUGGAUUGCUUUUUCUUUUUUUAGGCGAAGACUACAGAAAUCUGGGAUCUUUGCAGAGUGGAAGAUUUUUUGCACUCAAGUUAUUCUGACCAUAUUUUAAAAAUAUUUUUGGGUUACUUUUUAAUUUAAGAAAAGGCAGCUCUUUAAAAUCAUGGCAGAUGUGGACCCAGAUACAUUGCUCGAGUGGCUGCAGAUGGGGCAAGGAGAUGAAAGAGACAUGCAACUAAUAGCUCUGGAGCAGUUAUGUAUGCUGCUUUUGAUGUCUGACAAUGUGGAUCGAUGCUUUGAAACGUAAGUAAAUUUUUAUUUUCAUAAUUUCAUUCAGGCUUACAUCUGCUGAUCAAUUUCAUCCACAUCAUGCUGAAAUACUGCUGUUUGAAUCUGUUAACUAGUGUUUCUAGGCAGACUUGAGCAAUCCAUUGACACCUGUAGUGAUCAUUAAAAGAAGUAAAAAAAAAAAAAAGAACAGCUGUAGCACUAUCUGUUUUAACAUCAGGUUUGUACUCUUGUUAAAGGCAUGUUUCUUCUGGAGGCAGCUGGACUAAUUUCCUUCUUGGGAGCUUGCUUGCUGCUUUUAGCAUGCGUGCAGAUCCUUGGGUAUAACAAAAACAUCUGCAUUACAGCUUUUGCUCUACUUCAUAUGGAUCUAUUGGGGGGCGGAAGAUAAUUUUAAUUAAGUGUGUUUCCAGAAAAGGUGACAGAAGCAAGAUCAUUUUUAAAAGAUCAAUUUUUCAUUUCAAGUUCUUCUAAUUCUUUAUGCUCUGAAAUAUUUAAGAUUAGUGUUCGGUUCAGUUACUGUUAACUUUAAAACUUAGCAGAGGGUUUCAGCUGUGCCCUGACUAAAUAACAAUUAUAAAAUGUUGCAGCUGUUAGCAGAAAUAGAUUUUAGUACUAACCUUAGAAAUUAUGGGUCAUAGUGGACAAGUUUGUUUUAUAGUGCUUAUACCAUAUCUUAAUGUUUUAAAACACGAUUCUCUUCUGAGAAGCUGAACUGAAAGUUAAUAAUUUUUAAGGUCUCUAAAUUGUGUCAGUUGCUGCGGAUGACUGGAAACAAUUAUUAAAUAAGAUACCUUUACUUAUCGAUACAUUAGGAAAGAACUGUGGAGAUUUAAUAAGGUGCCUUUUGUUUUUGAGAUUAAUAGGAUUUUUUCUUUCCUUCAAGAGCUUGUAAGAGUAAUUGUUAUUAGAACAAUAUUGCUUUAAAAGUGUCUUCUGAGCAGUAAACUGCUUUUUAUUAUGAACUAGAAAAGUUUCCCAGUUGUAAUGAAAUACAUCUGCCAAGAGUAAGUAAACCCCUUGUUGUGACCAGAGAGCUUAAGAAACCACAAAUUUUUAGGGGGGAAAUGGUAGCAUGAAUGCCUUGCCUGUUCUUGAGCCCCUGUGUCUAUUAGUUCUGGAACCAUAUUUUACCUAAAGUCAAGGAAAAUGGAACAUCUUUGCUAUUUGAAAGUAUGUUACUAUGACUGAGAGCCUUAAAACCACAAACUUAAAAUUAGCGAGAUGGACACUGCACUCUGGUCCUUAGUGGACUUAACUAGUUUAAAGACAACCACUUCGGUAUAUAGGUUAGAAAUUUGUUUGUAAAACUGUUGACUUUCAAAAAGCAUUUUACAGGUAGUGAUGUUCAUUUCAGUCUUUCUGUCCUGUUAAUAUUAGUUGGUAGUGUUAAGUCACCUUUCUGUGACUGUGAUUCAGGGAGCCUGAUCAUUAGUCAUCACAUUUUUUUCACAGUAACACUUCAGAAAGUUUUAAAUACUAUAUAUACUUUGAUGCAGUUACCACUGAAUUUUAAAAUGAUUGCUUCCGCCCUAUGUUUUUAGCUUUUUAUUUUAGCUGUAAGUAAGCAGCCUUGGGUCCCUGUGCGGGAAACCAUCAGGAUAUAAAAAAAUAUAAAUAAUAAAAAUAUCUAGUAUUAGUCAUACUUUGAAUAGACUUGGUGGGAGAAAUUCAUUGUAGCUCUAUGGCAAUUGUUCCAUCAGCAUCAGCAUUUCAGCUAGUUAGAAUGAUCCCCCUUCCUCCCCCCAGCACUAUUCUGGGGAUUCUUUUGACAUGCACCAAGCCAAUUUGGGGAGGAGGGGGGAAAUCCUUGUUAGAGGGACUUGUUAGUUGAAUAUCGCUCUGAGUUUUAACCACGGAGCUAGAAUUUAUAGUUGAAGUUGUGCAGAACCAUAGUAAAAUGGUUAUGGGUAACAUUGGUGCAUGGUGUUUCCUGUCUAUUUGCUACUCUGUUUGUAAAUUUCAGAAAUCUUUAAAUUUCCCUCUCUAUUAAAACUAAUUGUGACACUGGAUUCAUAAGAACUCAAGAGUUUUGGUUUUUGUUUUUGUUUUUUGUCUUUUUCUGUGGGGUAAAGUUAUUUAUCUUGUAAUUGUUUCAUGAUGUGUAUGUGUAUUUUUAACUUUGUUUUAAAGUAUAUUCCUUGCUAAAAUGAGCAGCCCUGCUCAGGCAUUGAAUUCUUUGUGUUCCUAGGCUUGUCUGCUUCUAUUUAUAUGUAUAUGUGAACAUGCAAUUUGCAUGUUUACCUACAGAAAAGGAGGGUGGAAUCUUUAAUCUGGAGACAGUUACACACAAUAGGGGUGAUUGCACCAGGUUAAUUCUAUUUUACCAAUGUUAAUAUGCUAUUGCUUGCUUGGAGUAAUUGGCAAGAACGGGAGGCAGUGGAAGACAGGAGUGCCUGGCGUGCUCUGGUCUAUGGAGUCACGAAGAGUCGGACACAACUAAACGACUAAACAACAACAACAAAUAAAUUUAAAAGUAAAUGUGAAUAAUAUAGUAUUUACUUAGGUUGAAUUGUGGACAGUGAGUAAAAUGGUUUUGCUGUUUGAGGCAACAAAUGCGGUGUUACAGAGUAGCAAGAUGGCUGGCUAGUCACUACAAGUUAUUACCCAGGUUACCUAGACUCAUGUUUCUUGAACAAAACUUUACAGUACUUAAAUUCUUCCUAUGGCAGCAAUGGAAAUGGACAGAAUGGAGAGUUGCCAUAUGUGGAGAGGGACAGGCUCUAGGGAUUCAGUAGGACUGCAGGUAGAAUAAAGAUUUAAUUUAUGGAAUUUCUAAACUUUCAGGUUCAUCCAGGUUGACUCAAACCUUCAGUGGUUUAGGGCCACUUUGCAUGAUUUUAUGCAAUAAGGUACUUAAUGCUUACUGCCUCUUCCAGGCAAAUUGGUUCCACUGUAUCUCCAGGCAUCUUCAAAACAUUCUGGGUGGUGCCUUGUGGCAGCUCAUGUAUGGGCUGUUCCGAAUGGUGGGCGGGCACAUACAAAACUCUGGAGAAGCCACCCUAUAGAGGAAGUACAAAAUAGUUCCAUGGAAGGUAUAUUGUGUGAAACAGCCUUUAGAAAGGUAGAAUGGUGAUGAUAGUGAAACAUAUUGCUGAUUAAUUUCAUAUUUUUUCAAUAUUAUGCCUCUUUUCUUAUCACAGUAGUAAUUUGGGCGAUUAUUUUGUACCUAUUUGAAUUGGAGUAUGUACAAAAAACUUGAUUCACUUAUCUUGCUGCCAUUUCAUUACAAAAUUUAAAGGCAUUUAGCUCCUUAACUUAUUUGAUCUUUUCCAAGUUCAGAGUUUUUAAAGAAAAAGGUUUUAUUGCUUUAGGCAAAGCAAUUUUCUGUGCGCAAUCAUUAUUGUGGAAUGAAAACUCAGAAUUGAGUAGACAAAUCUGAUUAUGGAGUGAACAUACAGAAUAACACAAACAUGCACUUCAUGUGUCAUAAUCGUAAUUUAUUUAGUGUUCUAGCAGUCCAGGAAGGAAUGUAGGAAAACUGCCUUAUACUGACUCAAACCAUUCAUCCUUGUGUCUCACUGCUGUCUACAUUGACUAGCAAGUGGUUAUCCAGGGUUCUUGCCCAGCCCCACCUGAAUGUAAGAUCCAUCUUGAGAGAUCCUACUCCAGCUGCCCCUGCCAAAUGCAGUUGAGUCCCUUUUAGUUCUGGUUAUAGAAUAGCCUUUCCAGGGAGUCUGGUACAAUUUUUGUAGUAUUUUAAGCACUGAGUGAAGAGCUUUCCAUUCACGUAGGGCUUUUACAUAUUUUUGUUAGGCUGUGCUUCAUUUUAAAUUCAUUUUCAUUUUAGGGGUGCAAGGUUCUUUUUUAAAAACCCCCAGUUGUAUAGUUUUACUCUUUAAUGGGUUUAUGGUUUCCAAUAUAGUUCAACUUUUUAAAAACUUACUUAUUGUAACUCACCUAGAGAACUUUGUUAAGUGGAGGCAAUGUCAUAAUAAAUACCAGAAAGUGCUGGGAUUGAACAUGGACCUUUUGCAUUCAAAGCAUGUAGGCUACUGUUCAGCUGUGGCACUCCCCCAAUAUUUAGUGCAUGACAAUAUCCAACACACACACACACACACACACACACACACACACACACAUUUGAUCUUGAACCUAUUAUUCAACCUAGGCAAGGAGGAGAACCGACCAUUAUCCUCAUUAUGGCAAGCCUUCAUGUACUCAAAGGUUUAUCAAGUUAGUAUGUCAUAUGUAUAAGAAGGUAUUAAUUUAACUAUCAGACAAAAGAACUGAAAUCUGUCAAAAUAUGUUUCAGAUGUGCAGAGUGGUCUCUAUUGUCAUUUGCUUGUAGCGGUUUUGUUACCUUGAAUUACUGGAUUUUGACUUUUAAUGGAGGUUUACUAUGUAACUGAAAUUAAAGCAUAGGUCCUGUGUAAGUUCAGAAAAAAAUACACAAAAAUAUUUUCACAUACAGGCUUUUAACUAGUUUAGAUUUCCUUUUCCAUUCCAGAUAUAGAUGGUGUGCUUAUAACCAGAAUAUAUGUCUACAGUUGUGGAUAUUGGUUAGGAUCCAAAGUUGUUAGUGUGAGUCAAAGGCAGUUAUGCACUUGCAGGAAGGUCCCUCCAAUUGUUAACUGUUCUGUUUUCAUUUUAUAGUCUCCUGUGCCACGAGUAUCUUACAGAGGGUCAGCCAACUAUUAGGAACAUUUUUUUGCAGAGGGAGACUCAGACAGUGGGCAAGUGUUCUGUUCAUGAAACUGAAAUUAGUAUUGAAGCCCAUAUCUGUGACCCCAGAACAGUUUGUAAUCAUUUUAUUUUGUCUAGAUGUUAAAUCUAGACAGUGGCUCAUAAAAUCUUUCAUAGAAUUGUAGAGUUGGAAGGGACCCUGAGACCCCCUGCAAUGGCGAAGAUCACAGAAAUGUAUAUGGAAAUGUGUAUGUUAGUGAUGAGUAAUCUGUCUCUUCUUGCAGAUGUCCCCCUCGUACCUUUUUGCCAGCACUGUGCAAAAUAUUCCUUGAUGAAAGUGCUCCUGACAAUGUAUUGGAGGUAACAGCUCGUGCUAUAACUUAUUAUUUGGAUGUGUCAGCGGAAUGCACUCGACGGAUUGUGGGAGUGGAUGGUGCUAUCAAAGCACUUUGUAAUCGUUUAGUAGUUGUUGAGCUUAACAACAGAACCAGCAGAGACUUGGCUGAGCAGUGUGUAAAGGUAUGGUGUAUUAAUUUUCUUUCGUUACAGAAAAUAAAGCUCCAUGAUAAGAAAAUGUUUUUAUAAUAGUUGUCCACUUACAAGACCAGGACAUAAUUGCUUUAAAUUUUGAUAUUUUAAGCAAAACAAUAAAACUUGUGCAAAAAUAUACCCUUAUCCCAAACAGUCUCAAGUAGAUGCCUUAGUGGACAAAUUGUCUUGAAAAGUGGGAAAUCUAAUUGCAUUUCCACAAUUGCUAUUAACAUUAUUUGUAAAAACCUGCGUGAGAUCCUGUUUGUGGAUCUUCUGCAACGUAUCUUGCUUGGUGCAUAGAUACAGUGGUACCUCGCAAGACGAAUGCCUUGCAAGACAAAAAACUCGCUAGACGAAAGGGUUUUUUGAGCUGCUUCGCAAGACGAUUUUCCCUAUGGGCUUGCUUCGCAAGACGGAAACGUCUUGCAAGUUUGUUUCCUUUUUCUUAACACCGUUAAUACAGUUGCGACUUGACUUCGAGGAGCAACUCAUAGAACGCGGUGUGGUAGCCUUUUUUGAGGUUUUUAAAGACUUUGGUGAGUUUUGAAGCUUUUCCAAAACUUUCCCGACACCGUGCUUCGCAAGACGAAAAAAAUCGUAAGACGACAAAAUUCGCGGAACGAAUUAAUUUCGUCUUGCGAGGCACCACUGUAUUUGAACCUUGAGACUGCUAAAGCCAUAUAUGACAUAGCCCGUUAAAACUCAUAUGUCUUAUCCAGUUACCUUAGGCUUGUGUAUCUUCCAGACACAAACUGCUUCUGAUGUUCUAAUAUUAGAUAUGCAUAACACUUUUUUAAACUGGGGCCCUGUUCAGUUGUUAGAAAACUGUAAAUGUGUAGGAGGUGCAUGCCUGUGUGCUCCAGUUCCGCCCCCCCCCUGCCCCCCCCUUGCCAAAUUGAGCUUCAAGGUCUGAAAAGAACUUGUAUGUGUGUCAGCACAGGGCUCCUGAUCAUGGAUUCAUGCAUGCUUAUAAACUCCCUUCAGAUCUUUCUGCUCAACAGAGUAAUGUUGGGGUGGAGGGGCAGGGCCAGCAUACACAUCCCCAAAUCUGUUACAUGUUUAUAGCUUUUUUGGCACCAUGAGAGGUGUAAUGCAUUCAUACUGACAAUUUUGAUCAAUAAUAUUUUUAAAUAAAAAGUGAGAAUUGAAUUGGAAAGAAUGUAUGCUUUGUUGUAUGAUUGUCUGUGUAAUUCCAUUUUCAUUCUAGGUGUUGGAACUCAUCUGUACCCGUGAAUCAGGCGCUGUGUUUGAAGCAGGGGGGCUGAACUGUGUGUUGACAUUUAUUCGUGACAGUGGGCACCUGGUUCAUAAAGAUACAUUGCAUUCUGCUAUGGCUGUAGUGUCCAGACUCUGUGGAAAAAUGGAACCUCAGGAUUCCUCAUUAGAGAUUUGUGUUGAAUCCCUCUCGAGUCUGUUAAAACAUGAAGACCAUCAGGUAAACAAUUUAGAAUAUGUAUUUGAAAGCACUGUAAAUAGGUUACUCCAGAAUUGAGAACUGUAUAACAAAUAUUACAAAGAAUUUAGUUCAUAUUGCCAGCACUGGCUAGUGCAAGUAAACAGUUGUAUGGUCGUAGGAUGUAUGGUAGUAGGAUUAAUUUCAAUUAGCAUGAAAUCCUUGGCUCUAAUGUAACUUUAAUUUUUUAUUCCUAUGGGGAAUUAGAGGGAUUGCAGUUGGCUUUUUUAUGGAAACGGGAAGGGAAAAAAUGUUCUUUUUUACAUGUGCAAGUUAUAUUUUACUCAUGGUGAUCAGUAAACAGUGAUCUGGUUACACUUUGUGCUUUAAUUUAAUUUAAUUUAAGAGUGAAAUGAAAGCCAAAGAGUUUCCUCCAUAACUGCAAACUUUUGCACAAAUGAAAGCUUUGGGACUGCCAUAGAACCUGCCUAAUUUUUAUGCAAACUCUUGCACAAGCUUUUGUGGAAGUAUUUAUGGAAAAGCACUAGCUGCUGUUUAUUCUUAAGAUAGUGCACAUGGUAUCUCCUCCCCAUUUUAUCUUCACAUAAAUCCUGGGAGGUAGAAGAGAAAGUGAUGUCAAAGGUCACCAGUGAGCUUUGUGGCUGAAUGUAGAUUUGACCCUGGGUCUCCGGGGUCUUAGUCUGAUACUUUUAACCACUAUACCACAGUAACUCUCUAAUGAGGAUUUGUGGUAUUCUUUCUUAGGUGCUAGGAUUUGCACUUGAACAGUUGUGUGGAUGCUGUUUGGGUCAGAGAUUAUUCAUCCCACACAUAUCUGUAACGUAAUGCUGUGUCUCAUUUCCCCAAUUACAAUCCCUAUGUAGAACUUGCAUUAGAAAAUGACUGUUGUCGUAAAAGAAAUCAUUCAUAGCUAAGAAAGUAUAGAAGCUGUGGAUUGAUAUGAAACAGUGUUCUUGUAUAAUUUACUAAAUGUCAAUAUUGAUGCUUUUAUUUUAAAUUUGCUGUCUUUCAAAUCUUGGUCUGUGUGAUACUUUUUAACCAUAUGAUUUGUUCCUUCAGGUUUCAGAUGGUGCACUGCGUUGUUUUGCUUCGUUAGCUGACCGAUUUACACGCCGUGGAGUUGAUCCAGCGCCAUUAGCCAAACAUGGGCUAACUGAGGAGCUAUUAUCUCGAAUGGCUGCAGCAGGUGGCACAGCUUCAGGACCAUCUUCAGCCUGUAAACCUGGCCGGAGUAGCACAGGAGCACCAUCUGCAACUGCAGAUUCCAAAUUAAGUAACCAGGUGUCAACUAUUGUAAGCCUGUUAUCAACACUCUGCAGAGGAUCUCCAGUAGUAACACAUGUAAGAAUUUCUUUGUUAAAUAUCUAUUUUAUUAAAAAUUAAGCUUUACUUCUUGGCAGAUAUUGUAUGUAUGUUCUUUGUUUCUUUAAUUUUCUGUCAUCAUCAUAAAUAAGAAUAAAUUUGUGUAGACCUUUGUUUAUUUCACAUUCUAAAAUCCUUAAAAUGUUAAUUGUUACUGCUACAUUUGAACUUUGCUUAUACUCCCUCAGCUCCUUUGGGAGGAAGGAUGGAAUGUAAAUUGAAAUAAUAAUAAUAAUAAUAAAUAAUAAAUUUAGUUUUUUUAUAUGGAGAUGCAAUCCCUUUCUCAUUGGAUUUUCUAAAGUCCUGUAUAUUUUUAUUGUUCAGACUUUUAAUUAUUUCCAGGAUCUCCUAAGAUCUGAGCUUCCAGAUUCUAUAGAGAGUGCAUUGCAGGGUGAUGAAAGAUGUGUACUUGAUACCAUGCGUUUGGUAGAUCUUCUUUUGGUGCUACUGUUUGAAGGACGGAAAGCCUUGCCAAAGUCUAGUGCUGGAUCUACAGGCAGAAUCCCAGGAUUGCGUAGACUUGAUAGUACUGGAGACCGUUCCCAUCGGCAGCUGAUAGAUUGCAUCCGCAGCAAAGAUACCGAUGCCCUAAUAGAUGCUAUUGACACAGGUGGUAAGCAAAUGACCUUUAUUUGACAUUGUAAUUUCUAGUUUGCUUCUUAAUGUUUAUCUCUAUAAUGGAUGGGCUCUAAGAAUAAUAUUUUUGUUGAAAAUUAUUUUUAGCUUGUUUGAUAUGCAGGGUAGAAUACUGAGACUUAACAUUUUGUUUUCAUUUAUAUCGUUGCAAACAUAUAAUGACACUUUCUUUUCCACUUCUCUAGCUUUUGAAGCAAAUUUUAUGGAUGAUGUAGGACAAACUCUCUUAAACUGGUCCUCUGCUUUUGGAACUCAGGAAAUGGUAAACAAGGAAAAGAAACAUUAUUUUGAUUUUCUGCAUAAAGGAAAUGAUGCAAGUAAAAAUAAACUGUUGCUCAUCUGUAAACAGGUUGAAUUUCUCUGUGAACGAGGUGCUGAUGUUAAUAGGGGUCAGCGGUCAUCAUCCUUACAUUAUGCAGCAUGUUUUGGAAGACCUCAGGUAGCAAAGGUGAUUUUUAAAUAUUUAUCUUUUCUAUCAUAACAAAUCAUUCCAUCGCUUAUCAGCAUUUAGACAGCUGAAGUAUGUGUUUUUUAAAAGUGUCCUGUCCCUUAAUACUUCAUGUUUGGCAUAUGCGAUUUUUAUUUUUUGGAAACACAUUUAUUUAGUGUGUGUUUGUGCCCUUGGCAAAUAUGAAAGUUGUGCAAAACUCUUCACAAAAACAUAACAAUGUAACAUGUCUCACCAUCUCAAUAGCUGCCUUCAGACAACCCUCAGUGUUCUGGAUUAUUUUGCGCAAGAGCAGUGUAUAUGUCCUCCUUCCUUCUGUAAAGCAUUCCUUAGUUUUUGAAACAAAAACCAGUUUGCUAUGAUGAAAUCAGAAACCAAUUUAUAUUGUCUCGUAGAACAUCUCCCCUUCCACCACUGUUCCCCAUCCACACAAAAUCAAAAACAUUAACCAUUUGGUUCUUACAUUCUCCAGAGAAUGUAACCAUUUGCUGAACCAGCAAAUUAGUAGGAGUGCUUACUCCAAACUAGAAUCAGUUCUGGUUUGGAGCAAUAAUUCAAACUGUAGCCAGCUGGUUUAGAUAUCACAACAUAUUGUGACUUGAUUCAAAUAGUAAGUAAGGGAUGGUGCCCUUUAGGAGAGGGAGGGAGGAAGUCAUUAAUCUGUUCUGUGCAUAGUCAGAGGAACCUAAAUUGUACCAUUGACAUACUGAGUAGCUUUUUUAUUCCAGUAAUAAUAACUUGCUUUUAGACUCUCUUGCGACAUGGUGCCAAUCCAGAUUUGAGAGAUGAAGAUGGAAAGACUCCUUUGGACAAAGCUCGUGAAAGAGGGCACAGUGAAGUAGUGGCUAUUCUUCAAUCUCCAGGUUAGUGUAAAAAGAUUCCAGGAAGUUUUUGUCAAAGUAAAGCAAUGGUUGAAUUUAAGUUGAAUUUAAUAAGGUAGAAUUCAAUCUGUGCCAUAAGAUAGCGAUUUUUUUAAAAAAAAUAUACUGCUGAAAUAUUAUCAGUUUGAUUAUUUAUUAUCAGUUUUCUUGAAAUAGACUGCAUUCAGCCAUAAGCUCACUGUUGCCCUGUUUCAAAACAAAUGGAACUAGUAUAAGAGAUGGUUUUUUCACGUAGCUAUGACAGCCGAAUGUCCAGAAAAAAAUGCCAUAAUAGUCUGUGGCAUAAUAUUUUUGUGGGGGUUAGAACAGAAGAGUAACAACAGCCUGACAUGGCAGUGUCUUGUCUCACUUCUUUCUGAAGCUUUGCAUGCAGCUAUCAACUAUGGUAUGAGCAGGCCAACUGAAAUCCUGCUGUAGGCGCAAGCACACAAAAACAAAACAUUUUAGGUGGUGGAUGAGAAGGAGAAUGGGUUGGGUUACAACCCUCUUCACGUGACAGAGGCAGGAAGGCAAGGGUUUUUCUUUAAGAUUCUUUGUACUUCUGUAAAACUUGGGAUUCCUCCAGAGUCUGCCAAUACCUCUGUCUUUGCAUGGACACUGCCUUUUCAGCUAUAUAACCAUGUGCACUCUUCCCCAGAGAUAGGAAAUAGAAUAUAAGAUGUAGAUCUAAUACUAGACAAAUCUAUAGUAGUCUAUUGUGGAGAUUCUUAUCCUAGUCUGUAUCUGCAUUGGAAAGGAAAUUGUUUAUAUGUGGUUUCUUUAAAACAAUUUUGAAACUCAUAACAGUGUUAAUAGUGGUCUACAAUUAUAGGUGACUGGAUGUGUCCAGUUAACAAAGGCGAUGAAAAGAAAAAGAAAGAUUCAAACAAAGAUGAAGAAGAAUCAAAUGAGCCCAGAGGUGAUCCAGAAAUGGCACCAAUAUAUUUGAAAAGACUGCUGCCUGUGUUUGCUCAAACUUUUCAACAAACUAUGCUGCCUUCAAUAAGGUACAAAGGGGAAAGGGCUGUGUGUACAUGUGGAGAUUCACAUGCUAUAUUGUGUGGCUAGAAUACUUUCAAGGAUCUGGAUUUUCAAGAAUGACCAAGCCAAAAGCAAAGCAAAAUCUGGAUGAUUUAUAUAUGGUGGUAUGUUGAAUGGAAUUCGAAAAACGCAAAUCAGCAAUGACCCAACUCCAAGUCCAGCUUGUAGCUUGGCCAGAGUCAGAAUAUUUUGUUACCUGAUGAUAACAAUAGACAGCAUGUAAAGUGGGUAGCAAUUCAAUGCAUUUACCAAUAUGUUGUGCUCUUCUAAGUAUGUAUGUUUCCCGUUUCAUUCUUUAAAAUAUUACUUCUCUCUCUUUCUAAAAGGAAAGCAAGUCUUGCUCUCAUUAGAAAAAUGAUUCAUUUUUGUUCUGAAGCUCUUCUAAAAGAGGUUUGUGAUUCUGAUGCUGGGCAUAAUUUGCCUACUGUUCUGGUAGAGAUCACUGCUACUGUUCUAGAUCAAGAGGUAAUUGUUAUCUUUCUAUUUCUUUUCUUUUCUAAUGACAUCAGUUUAGUUUUUAUGUGUGGUGGAGCAUUGAAAUGCUUAGUUCAGGAAGUUACUGGAAGUUUAAGAACAAAUUAGAUGUGCCUCUGAAUAGAUUAGAUUAAGUGGAUUCAAUAUAAGAAGCAAAGAGAUUGAUUGUGAUGCUUCGUAUAGAAAUAUCCCAUUGGAAUUGGGAUUGAUUGUGAUUCCCUGUUGGGUGUACAGUAGGUUUGUUAAUCUGUGAAAUGGCCCUACAUUUCUUGUCUCAGGAAGGAUUACUUCUCAAAAAUUAGACUUAACACUUUCCUGCAGUGGUAUGGCCAUGAGUGAUUGCCUUUCUGUUGGGAGUGGUGGGUGUUAUAAUGUAAUAAAUGUUUAACUGUACAUCAAGAUAUACAGUGAAUUACUGUACAUCCCAAUUAAUUUACUUCUGUGCAACUUUUACAGGAUGACGAUGAUGGCCACUUGCUAGCAUUACAGAUUAUAAGAGAUUUGGUUGAUAAAGGAGGUGACCUGUUCUUGGAUCAGCUCGCUAGGCUUGGUGUGAUAAGUAAAGUUUCAACUUUGGCAGGACCAACCUCUGACGAUGAGAAUGAAGAAGAAUCUAAACCAGAGAAAGUAAGUACGCAAUAUUUGAAUAUUGUCCCAACUGCUGUCUGGGAUGCCUUAAUGUGAAUAAAUAUCAGUGAAAAGUACAUUAAAUUCUAGUAAUGGGUUGCUGGACCUAAUGUGUUAACACUCAUUUAAGAAACCUUUUUGGUGCUGCAGUCUGUUGCCUUCUGCUUGGAUAGGAGAGAAAAGGGCAAACUUGUCUUGUGUCUCUAGUAUGCUUUUAAGAUACAGUGGUAUCUCGGGUUACAUACACUUCAGGUUACAGACUCCGCUAACCCAGACAUAGUGCUUCAGGUUAAGAACUUUGCUUCAGGAUGAGAACAGAUGAAAUCGUGCUCUGGCGGCGCGGCGGCAGCAGGAGGCCCCAUUAGCUAAAGUGGUGCUUCAGGUUAAGAACAGUUUCAGGUUAAGAACAGACCUCCGGAACGAAUUAAGUAACGUAACCAGAGGUACCACUGUACCAGUUUUUAAGUGUCUUUCUGUAUAUUAUAUUCAGACAGUGUCUGCUGAAAUUCUAAGUGUUUAUGUAAGAAUGUAGCCUGCAGUAUACUUGUUGUGUUUUACAAUUUAUUCCUUAAGGAAUUCCACAGCCAAUGAAUUUAAACUAUCUUGCUUUACAGGAAGACGAACCUCAAGAAGAUGCUAAAGAGUUGCAGCAGGGUAAACCCUAUCACUGGAGAGACUGGUCAAUCAUUAGGGGAAGAGACUGCUUGUAUAUUUGGAGUGAUUCUGCAGCUUUGGAGCUAUCAAAUGGUAGCAAUGGCUGGUUCAGAUUUAUACUGGAUGGGAAGCUAGCUACAAUGUAUUCCAGUGGCAGCCCUGAAGGAGGAUCUGAUAGUUCAGGUACAAUGUUGUUCUCAACUAAUACUUUAAAGAUAUCAUAAGAAUCUUACAUUUUAUAUAUUUGAUUUUGAGACAUUCUUUUUUACAGGAAUUGGCUCACUAAAUAGUAAAGGAUGUAAACAGGUGGAAGGUGGUCAGUUUAUUGUGAUGCUUUUGUCAACUAGCAUGUGACAGCAACUGACUUCUUUGUAACUGUGUUCAGUGAACAUCUUAGCUUCAUUCUGUCUUCAUUUCUUUCCAUGCAUACUAAUAUUAGUCAAACAGUAAUUAAAAGGCAAUAUUUAGUGGUAAUCCACUGCAUUUCAGGUAAAGCAAGUUGGAAUGAUGAUGACGUGGCUUGCAACUUGCUAGCAGAAUGAAAUUGCAUGUGUGUGAAAAGUGGUGCAAAGUUUCUCAUCAGGUGGAUCAGAACUGAGAAACUGAAAGACAUUGAGCUAGAAGUUUCACAUUGUACUUAAGCUAUCUGUAGCUCUUAAACAUAGUUGAUACUGCUUGCUGCCCCCUUUUCACUGCCAUGAGUGCAGUGAAUUGUAGGAUUGCUUUAUUCCGUUGAACAAUUGCUGUAAUAGAUCUUCUGAUUCAAAUUCUCAGGAAAUUGCUUUUUCCAGUAGUGUGAGGCUACAGGCUGGUUCUGAUGCUUUGGUCAAAGCUUUUCUGUUCAGUUCUUAAACUCUACUUAUUCAUAAAAUAGCUUUUUAAUUAUCUCAUGCUAAUUUUAUCAGUUUUUAGAUUUGGGGUGAUAGAAUUUAAAGCUAUAGCAACAUAAGGCUUAUAGCAACAUAACUUGGCAGUAUAAUUUUCAGCUAAUUUCCUGAUCUGCAGGGAUCAUGUAAAUGCAAAGCCAGCUAUCUCUGCUUUCAUAUCCACUUUUUGACACCUUAUCAGUUGUAAUGGAUAUUUCAUUUAUAAUGGACACCUGUUUUUAAUGCUGGACUAUAGAGACCUGGUAAAGUAGUAGGCUGGCUACAUGAGUUUCUGAGAUUUGGGCCUAAGGACAAUGGAAUAGGAGCCAGAGAUAGGACCCAGCCAGACUAGCUGACCAUUUGCCCAUGCAAAUCCCAUAUCUACUGCAAGGGUUUAAUAGUCCUUCAGGUCAAGCCAAUCAGCUGGCUGCUUAGGGAGCGGCCUCAGAACCUAAAAAGAGUUCCUAGCCGCCUUCCCCUGGGAACCUUUUUUUUUUUUUUUUUUUUUUUUGGUCACACUGCGUGGCUUAACACAAGGCACAGUAGAACUCUUGAUUUGAAGGUUCCCAGUUACUUGUGACAAAAACACUUGUAGUCAGAGAUUAUAUCAUUCUUGUGAAUAUCCUAGGUCAGGCAUGGCCAAACUUGGCCCUCCAGCUGUUUUGAGACUACAAUUCCCAUCAUCCCUGACCACUGGUCCUGUUAGCUAGGGAUGAUGAGAGUUGUAGUCCUAAAACAGCUAGAAGGCCAGGUUUGGCCAUGCCUGUCCUAGGUGAUGAAUUACUUGUCUGUCUACAAAAGAAAACAGGCAGCCAAAAAGUAAAGGAGUGAGUUAUACAUAUUUGGGAGACUGCCCUGGUCCACAGAAGUAUAGAAGCUUGUAAACUUAAAGGUCAAUCCCCUCUACCUGCUCAGAAAAAUACUGUGAACUUCCAGGGUGGAGAGCAUUGAGUGAGAAUGGGGAACUAUAGUAGGUAAUCUUAUUGUCUGGAAAGGGAACUUAUGAGUUAACAUUGAAUGCCUAAGAUUGUUCUUUUUACAUUUUUGUGAGGGAUGGAGGAUGACAAGCUGUGCUGGCAUUACAUAUGUGAUUUUGCAUUUCUGCAUAGUGCCAUUGUUAUAAUGGAAACCUCAGCAGUUGUAUAUGGUCAUUGUGCAUAUGAAAGCACAACUUGAAAUAAGCAGGGCUUCCAUGAAAGUCUAACCGGUUCUUGAGGUGAUGGUAUGAGGCCAUAUGAACCAGCCCUAAAUGUCUACUUAAGGUACUUUGGACGUGACCAUAUAGCAAAACUCAACUUCUUUAGCUGUCAGUAGUGUCUGCCCAAUCAACAUGGGUAAUGUGUAUUUUAUCAUUUAGACAUUGUAAUGAAUUUUAUUUUCAAAGAAAGAUAAAUUUAAAAUGUAGUAGUAAAUACAUAAACGUAAAAUGUAUUUAUAUGUUACGCAGUUAUGUACAACAAACAACACUGACAUCUUUGCUAUUAAAGCAGUUAAUUACAGUUCCCAGAAUUCCAUACUACAACUCUGCAUUUGGUUUUCUUUUCCUAUUAAAUCAGUUCUUUUUUCUUUAGUUCCAAAAUUUGGAUGCUUCCAUUCUCCAUCAAAUCUGAGGUUUUUUCCCCUAGAUGCAUUUCUUUUAGUAGAAAUGGAUUUUAACAACUAGCUCAGUUUAUUCAGUUUGUUUAUAUUUAAUCAUUAUGUAAUAUAAUGAUUUCCAAAACAUAAAAGUUUCACCAUUGGCCAGUAGACAUUUUCUGUUGUCCUAUAUUGUGAUAUUGAGGCCGGUGAGAAAUACCUAUCCUGAGAACUUGAAUCUACAACAUAAAUUUGCAUUGAAUGCCCACCCAUUUUGCUUCAUGGAAACUAAACUAUUACUUUCUGAUAGUUAAAAAUCAAAUACUAGUUAGCCUUUACUUCUUUUUGUGUGUUUUUUUUAAACAGAAAGUCGAAGUGAAUUUUUAGAGAAGUUACAGAGAGCCCGAAGCCAGGUGAAACCAUCCACAACAAGCCAGCCAAUUUUAUCUGUCCCCGGCCCAGCUAAACUCACAGUGGGGAAUUGGUCUCUUACGUGUCUAAAGGAAGGAGAAAUUGCUAUUCACAAUUCAGAUGGUCAGCAAGCUACAAUAUUAAAAGAAGAUCUUCCAGGUUUUGUUUUUGAGUCCAAUAGAGGAACUAAACAUUCAUUUGCUGCUGAAACCUCUUUAGGUGAGUAUGUAGAUAAGAGUAAUAAGGUAAUCGCAUGUAUAUAUCUGCAGUGGCCCAGUCAGAAAUUACAUUCUUUUUUUAAUAAAUCUGGUUUGAAGGGAACACUUAAGCCAUAAUUUCCUGGUUUGGAUGCCCUGGCCAUCUGGCCAGUACUAUGGAAUUUACAGCUCCAAGAAGUAAUGAUGGUGUCCAACUAGAACGGUUUUAAAAGAGAAUUAUACUUAUGACUCCAAAUCCAGAUUAUACUUUCUAUGGGGGAUAAGGCUAUCAAUGGCUAUGUCCUGCCUCCACCAUCAGAGGCAAUAUGACUCUGUAUACCGAUUACUGGGAAACCCAAAUGGGGAGUGUUUUCUUUUGGGGCUUCAAUAGACAACUAGUUGGCCACUUCAGGAACAGGAUGCUAGACUAGAUGUGCCAUUAGCCUGAUCCAGUAGAUGGUUCUUGUCUUCUUAAACUGGUUUAACAGACCAGGGAAAUCUUACAUUAAACAAGCUUGCAAGGGUAGAGGGGAGAAGAUACACAUGGGGUCACAGUGUAUUCCUGAUACAGCAAACUGUGAUAUGUUAGACUAGGAUUGUAAUGUCUAAACUGCCAGUGUAGGGGUAACACCAUCACCAUCAUUUUUAUUUCCCACCUGUUGCCAGAAGGUGGGUUACAACAAUAUAAAAUACAGCAUUUAAAACAGUGUGAAACAAAUUGCAAUCAUAGCUGGAAUGGAUCGUAAAAAUAUAUCUAAAGUGUCAAAGCCAGGUUAAAGAGAGAUGUUUUCAGCAUACAAUGAAGUUGCCAGAUGCACCUCUGUGAAGAGGGAAUUCCAUAACUUUAGGGGUUCCAGAGAGAAUGCCUUCUUCAGACCCUACCUCUGAGUGUGAUGGAACUACCAAGAAGGCCCUCUCUGCUGAUCUGAAAACAGGAGAGGGGUUGUAGGCAAGGAGGCAAUCAAUCAUUCAGUUAUUUUGGGACCUAAGUCGUAUAGGACUUUAAACAGUAGUGUGAGCACCUUGAAUUGGGCACAGAAAUGAACUGGCAACAUAAUAUCCUGUCAUCUGGAUAUUUUGCAGGAUCAGAAUUUGUGACUGGUUGGACUGGCAAAAGGGGAAGAAAGGCAAAAUCAAAGUCGGAAAAAACCAAACAAAAGGUUAGUAUGUUUUAAAAACAUUUUAAUGGAGAAUUUGGAUUUCAGUUUGUUACUUUCUGUAUUGCUUCUUGUACAUGCUAGUUGCUGGCUUGAGGUGGUUUAGAUACUUAGCCUAUCUGUGUUUAAAAAGCAUAUAAAUUCUCACUUCUGUGAUGAGAUUUGUAAAGGAUUUGUUAGAGCAGUGGUGAGGAACUUUUAGCCCAGUUAGGUUCACCAGGCCUCCCCUUCAGCCAAGCCUACUUGCCCUACACCUGCAGAGCAGAUUUUGAGGCAGAUGGGCGAGUUCUGUUGUGUGAGUAGUACUGCACUCAUGCAACAUUGGAUCAAAACUUGUUUUUCCACUUGCAUCAGCAUUUAGAGUGACUCACUUGAAAUCUAAAGUCCAUUCAAAAAUGCAUUAAUACAUUAGUAUUAAUUGAGGUCAGCCUCAAUAAGCAACAGAUUACAGAAGAUAUCACCAAGAAUUAUAGUUCCUCAAAGACCUUUGUUUCCAACCCCCCAAAAAAAGAUUUUCAGAGAUGUAUUGUCCCCCUCUGCUGAUGAGAGGCUCUUUCAUCCAGUAGAAUUUUCCAUUAGUGGAAAGUGAGGGGGAGAGGAGGUUAUUCCCCUCUCCCUCUGCAGCCCACCUCCCUGCACUCUGCCAUCAGAUCAACAGGGCAGGGGGACCCUUUGGAACAGUGUGGUGGCGGUGGCAGCAGCAGCAGCAGCAGCAGCAAGGGACUGCAAGAGAAAGGGGGAAUUUGUGAAAAAAAAUCACCCCCCCUUUAAACUCCCAGAAGCCUCUACUGAAUCAUAGAGCCCUCUGUUAUUGGGAGGGACACAGCUGACUGCAUCUCCCAGUGAAUGAAGGUGCCUUUCAGACAUCCUUGGGAAGACUGGGGGCAGGGAGGCAACAUGAAAAAAAAGUGUGUUCUAAAAACUCUUGAAUAAGUCAUCACCUGGAGCAAGACUUCAGAAGAUGGCUUGAACAGAUGGAUAAAGUUCAUUUGGGAGUCCUUCAAGCAGAUUGUUUAUGACUUUAUGGUAUGGUACAAAGGUAGCAUUUUGGAUUGGGUCUGAAAAUAAGUUGGGGAAAUGCACUUCUUAAAAACACAUCAAUUCUGUAGCCAUAACAUUUAGCAGGCAGCCAUGAGCAAAGUCCCCAAUGGACUUUGGUUUAACAAACCAAAAUUAAUAGGGUUAUUAGGAGAAAUGUAACUGACAUCCUGACUUGUGGGUGCGGGGGAUAGUUCAGUGCUAGAGCCCAUGUUUUGUAGAUAAAGGUUUCCAGAUUCCAUCUUUGGCAGCUCCAUUUACAAAAGCAUUUCAAAUGGUAAAGCUGAAAACAAUCUUGGCUAUCAUUGUAGACAAAAUCAUACAAAGCAUUCUGACUCAAUUGUAAGUUUCUUAUGUACUGUCAUUCCAAGUGAAGCUGAUCCAAGGUUGGCAUUCAUAAAUAUCAAGAAAAUAUUUCAUUUGGUUUGAAAUUGUAAAUUCAUCCUGAUUUCUUAAAUGAUGCUCAGGUACGAACUAUGGCAAGAGACUUGUACGAUGACCAUUUCAAAGCUGUUGAAAGUAUGCCUAGAGGUGUAGUUGUAACACUGAGGAACAUAGCAACACAAUUAGAAUCUUCAUGGGAGCUCCAUACAAAUAGGCAGGUAAGUAUCAUUGAGUAAAUUGCAGUGGUAAGCAUAAUUUGCUGCUGUUGUUAAUGUUGACUUGAUUCAGACAUAAAAAUUAAUCCAUCUGUCUUCGUCUGAUGGUAUUGGCAGAUUCUCAAAGUGAGUUUAGUAUUUCCAGGUUACUUUUAACUUGGGCUGUUGACAGCUGCUCAUAAUACUAAGCCCAGGUCAAAGUGGGCCACAGGAAUUUGCAUAUGAAAUAGGGUGAGUGGCAGAUAAGAGCAGCCUGAUCUGGAAAUGGUAGUUUUAAAUCUGCACCAUGCUGUGUGAAGUGUACUGCUUACUGUGUGUAUGCAGUACUUUUUGGUGAAGUUCUUGUUUCCGCAGUUAGACUGCUGUUGUGUAAUACCAUAAAGUGAAUGGAGCCACUAUUAUCUGAUUUUCUUUUUCAGUUUAUUGAGGGAGAAAACACUUGGCGAGAUUUAAUGAAAACUGCUCUGGAAAACUUAAUUGUCCUUCUGAAGGAUGAAAAUACUAUUUCACCAUAUGAAAUGUGCAGCAGUGGCUUGGUGCAGGCUCUUCUUACUGUUUUGAAUAAUGUAAGUUUUAUUGCAGCUGAUCUUAGACCAGUUAACUUCAUCUUUCAGCCUAACUUAACCUCGUGAGGUUGUUGUGAGGAUGAAGGAAGGAUAACUGUGUAUGUCACCUGAGCUUUGGGGGGCGGGGCAGGUGGAGAGUGCAGUGAAACUGUAUUAAUCACAGUUAAUGUAAAAGGUUUUGAAUUUUCUUAAGGAAUAUCUACAGUGUAGUCUAUUAGCUGUGAGAAAUGAUUUCACUUAAACUUAACCUAAAAAAGAACAGGGGUCAAGAGACAUGAAGCUCUGUUUGCACCAGCACUGUUAACCUAGUGCUGCUCUAGUGGUCUAACCAUGCUUUGGACAGACAGUGCUGCCCAUAAAACAAAGGAGAGUUUUCAGAGGGAAGAUGCAGCCUGGCAAUCAGACUAUAAACACUUGUUUUAUUUUCAUUAAAUCACAUAGCAAAUAUCAGAAGAGGUGAAGGAGGAGGAGAUUUUAAAAAUGCUGGGAAUGGUGCUGUUAGGAUAGGUGGGUGUUGUUAAUACUUGCUGUUUCUCUGCCCUCAACAGGGCUGCACAUUUAUUUCUCGUUGCAAGAGCUGAGCAGUUCAAGUUGAUGGUCUUUGGAGCAACAGGAGACUGUCACUCCCAGUCACAAUUUUUAUUACAAACUUCAGUGCAUUCCAGAAUGAGAUACUUGUAUUUCUGAAGCAAAAAAUAAUUAAUUUUUGUUCUUCCUCAAAACUUGUGUGAUUUAUGCAUCUGACUUCUCCCCCUUUCUCAUUGUCACUUCGGCAGGCAGUGCUUGAGAAGUUGGUUUUCUCCUUACGUAAUGGGUUAAGUUAGCCAAAAUGGCCUAAUCCCAAAUUUUGAGCAGCCAUUCUUUUAACAAUUCCCUCUUUUUCAUUUAGAAUGUGGAUUUUGAUUUGAAACAAGAUUGUAGUCAGCUAGUGGAAAGAAUAAAUGUAUUCAAAACAGCUUUCAGUGAAAAUGAAGAUGAUGAAAGGUAAUUUUGUUGUUCCUGACCUUAUGAAAAAUAAUGUGUGCACACAACUAUUUUUUAUACUCGGCUUUCAAUAGUAAAAGGCAUAUUGGUCUUGGACUAGAACAUAACUUGCUGCUUUUUGUAUUGAAAUUGCCCGAUGUUUAUCGCAUCAGUGUUGCUUUGCAGUUGUAGAUCCCAUUUAAACAGAGUGUUGCCCAUAUAUUUAGUUAUUGAAUAAUGCAUAUACUGUACUGUGUUUCGGCUCUCAUAAGGCCCCCAAGAUAAUUUGCCAGAAUAACAACACAAUAAUGUUACAAUAAAAAAUGAGAGUGGUAAAACCACAUUGCAGUAAUCUAACCUAGUAGAGAUGUAAGGUAUGUGUAACUAUGGCCAGAUCUCCUUAUCUCAGAUUCUCCAAGCAGUAUUUUAUAAUUAAAAAUAGCUUUGAGCUUUGAUAUGUAGUACAAAGCAUUUUAAACAUAGCUUAAGAUGAUCUAAAAAAAAUUAAAGUGUUGACGUUUGAUGAAUCAAUGCACCUGGCUUUGAUUCAGAUAUAUGCCAAAUCAUGCAUUAUUGCUGUGAUAACAAGCAAGCAUGAACAGGAAGUUCUACCUUUUCCGUGCACAGCAUAUAAUAUUGUUAGUAACAAACAGCAGUUUCUACUAUGAGGGUAUAAUGAGAAAUGAUGGUUUGUUACAAAUUUUGUUGGUUUACAUUUUCUCCCAGUUGUGUGGUGGGAGCCCAGAAGUCUGAGGCUUGUGCUUACUUGUUCUCAUAAUGGCAAACCAUUGCAAUAUCUAUGUUUUAUAUAUUGUUGGAUCAUGUUUAUUGUUGCAAGCUGGCUUGAGUUCUGUUUUUAAAUAGGCAGAGUUUAGGUUUUAAAGAUAGCUUGUCAUCGCUACAACAUUUUGAAGUUGUAAUUGUACUCUGAAGUUUUCAUAACUUCUGUUCAUUUUUCAAAGCCCUUUGUAUUAUAGACAGUAACAUUUGUCUUCUCUGUGUUCAUAGUCGUCCAGCAGUUGCAUUAAUUCGGAAACUCAUAGCAGUAUUAGAAUCUAUUGAACGUCUACCUCUACACUUGUAUGAUACACCAGGAUCAACGUAUAAUCUGCAGGUAACUUUUCAAUACGGUAGAAAUUUACUACAUUCUAAUAAAAAUGAUUCUGUGCCCUUUCUCUGCUAUUCUUCCUAUAAAUUUCCAUAAAUUACAGUUGUCCCGAGCUACUUUAGUUGGAUACAGACCUAUUUCAUUAUUAGAAUGCUUCAGUCAGAUCCAGUGGAGUCUUCCACUUUGCAAACUGGACAAAUUCAUAGACAGAAGUGGGAGAGGCAUUUUUUGCCCAUUCUCCCUUCCUUCUAUAGCCCCCAGCACCAUCUACCAUGUUGUUUUGGAGGGUCCCCAGCCCUCUAGACCUGAUUUUUGAGGCAAGGGGAAUAUAGAAAAAAUCCCACCCUCCAGAGCAUCCAGUUGACAAAGUUCCAUUCUGCACAACUCUGGGUGUCACCCAUUAAAUGUUCUAUGGAAUGUGGGCUUGGCGUAACAAACAUUUAUGGGUAUCAUCUAGAUUUGCUGCUGUGUAUGCAUGAAGGUUCUAGUUGGGGAUCCAGGCAGGGUUGUAUAAAUACAGUAAUUGCUGUAAAUAGAAAAAUGAUUUCACAAGACAUUUCUGGUCAUAUUAAUUCUUAGUAUUAAGUAAAAAAAAUAGCAGCCUAUACUCAUAAUUUGUUGGGUGUGGGAGCUUCCUCCCUGACCUUCCUUGAGCUUUUUUGUGUUUGUUUUAUACUGUACCCCACCCUAAAUACAAUGAAGGGCAGUAUAAAAACAUUCUAAAUAAAUAAAAGUUUUAAUAAUCAGCUCGGGUCCAAAGAGCUAUGAGUGGAAGAAGAAAAUGUAGCAGUGCUGUUCCUUUUGCGAGACCUGGUGAAAGAACUUCCUGGUGAAAGAACUUGGAAUGUAAUUGGGGUUGUAUUACAAUAUGAAAAGAACUGUGAAUAUUGAAGAUACAGACUAAAGCAUGUGAACUCUAGUGGGCCAUAAAAUGUUAUUGAUAGGAAUUUAAACAAAGCUGCAGCCUGCCCACACAGGACAAUGUCAGUCACUUUUGACAUAUUGAGUCCAAAACAGACUAUGGAUGAGUGGGAAAGACUUUCUACUAGAGUAAGAAUGCUGUUGGAUCUGUGCAUUUGUGUAAAUGUGUGUGUAUAGUGACUAUGCAGAUUUGUCAGUUGUGCUGAUUUUCCUAAUUUAUUAAUGCUUGCUUGACUUUGAAAACAUAAUCAUUAGUGUUUGUUAUAAAUGAAAGGGAUGUUUCUAAGUAAAAAAAUUGUUGCUUUGACUUUAGAUAUUAACAAGACGGUUGCGGUUUCGCUUGGAGCGUGCUUCUGGGGAGACAGCUUUAAUAGACAGAACAGGUCGAAUGUUGAAAAUGGAGCCCUUGGCAACUGUAGAAUCUUUAGAGCAAUAUCUCCUAAAAAUGGUGAGCAAACUCCUCUUCUCCCCAGGUUGCAUUCAGACUACCCAUACACAUAGCUCACCCCAUGGUAGUUUCCACUGGAGGAAGUGCAGUUUUUGCAGAUUCCCAUUUCUCCCAUGCCCCUGAAAAGUUGUUCUGGAGGGUCUGGAGAUCCUUGGGAACCGUAUGGGAAAAGGCAGGAGGCAUUGAUGAAUGCCUUUUCUGUUUGGAGCAUUUAUGAAUCUCAGCCACUUAUGUGAAUGGAAGGUCAAAUUUGGGUCAAGCACUCAAUCCAGCCUAUCAUGUUUACAGAAAGAAUUACAUUAAUUCUUCUGUUUGAGGUGACUUUUUUUGUAGUUAUUUGUCAUUGUCUGUUCAGGUUUCUAGUCCUCAAGUGUGAGAUGUGGGGUUGGGAUGAGCACCCUCUAAUCCUCCAGCUUGGGAAGGCUUUCUUGUUCUCUUACAUUGCAUCUUAAAUGGUUUCUGUUGAUGGAAUUAUGACAUUUAAUUGUGCUUUACUGUAUGUUUUAGGGGACGCGGGUGGCGCUGUGUGUUAAACCACAGAGCCUAAGACUUGUUGGUCAGGAGUCCCUUUACCUUUUUACUGUAUAUUUUGAUCAUGUAUUAAUCUGCUGUUAGCCAUUUUGGGGUCUUUGGACUAAAAAGUGAUAUAUAAAUAAUAAUGAAGAUAAGAAACUCUAUACUUAUGUGAUACAUUUUUGUUGCCUCUUUUUUCCUUAGGUGGCAAAGCAGUGGUAUGACUUUGAUAGAUCAUCAUUUGUUUUUGUACGAAAACUCAGAGAAGGCCAGACAUUCAUUUUCAGACACCAGCAUGAUUUUGAUGAAAAUGGAAUUAUUUACUGGAUUGGAACAAACGCAAAGUAAGAUUUCAGUAACUUCAGUUUGAGACAGUGCUAAAAUCUUGAAUGAAAUAGCAUUGUAUUUAAAUACCUGCAGGCCAAUUCUAAAUAUUUUCCAAGUGCAACACUGGAUUUUCCAUGCAUCAUUUUUAAAUAAAAAAAUGUAUUAUUGGGACAUAGUUUGCAGUAUGCAUGGCAUAUUAGCUUUUGUUUUUUAGGUUUUAAAAUUUAGGUUUUAAAAUACUGUCUGUCACUUACCUAUGGCCAUUCCAUCAGGCUCCCUGAACUGUUGUCAUCCCAGUUUCUUGUAAGAUCUGAUGCUUGAGUCUGUAUUAUUUCCCCAUGCUCUGGAAGUCUUUUCAGCUGAAGAGGGGAGUUAAAAUGCUUUAAACAAAUAUUCAUGAGUAAUAGUGACAUCGUUGUUUCUAUUGUAGAACAGCUUAUGAGUGGGUAAAUCCGGCCGCCUAUGGGCUGGUGGUAGUUACAUCUUCAGAAGGAAGAAAUUUGCCUUAUGGCCGUUUGGAAGACAUCUUAAGCCGUGACAGUUCAGCUCUGAAUUGUCAUACUAACGAUGAUAAAAAUGCAUGGUUUGCUAUAGACCUUGGUCUUUGGGUGAUACCAUCAGCUUACACAUUACGCCAUGCUCGUGGUUAUGGACGAUCUGCUCUCAGAAAUUGGGUUUUUCAAGUAUCUAAGGAUGGACAGAACUGGACUACUCUAUAUACUCAUGUGGAUGACUGCAGUCUGAAUGAACCAGGGUAUGUAAAAAUAUUUCCAUUUACAUGGACCAUUGUUGUUUCUGACUUUAUGACAAUAAAUUUAGUACCCAUAACGUAUGGGCCAUUCUCAGUCCACUGAAGUAAUUGGAAAUUAACCUCUUGAUAUCAUUGGGUCCAGGAUUUACUUCACUGUGCUGAAAUUCAUUGAAUAAUAAAAAGUUGGCCUUACACAGUGGUUUGGCUUAAACAUGGUAAACCAUACAAGCCUUGGCUGUUUUUCUAGCAUAUAGAUGAAACAACCACAAUUCUUGGCUUAGUGUUACGUUAGGGCUGCCAUACGUCUGGAAUUUCCAGGGCAUGUCUGUCGAAACAUGGCAACCCUAUGUUAUGUCCAAAAAUUUAAUUCAUGUGAUGGUAUAAUAGAGAGAGUAAUUUUCUGUUUGUAAACUGGUGGUCUUUUUGAUCCAUGAAAACCACCAUACAAAUAAUUAAUAUUUCUCUGUGUUUUUGUCAUGACACUUAAAUUUAUCAUUACCUAAUUUUUUCCUUCAACUUCCCCAAACUAAUGUAAAGGUCAACAGCAACAUGGCCACUAGAUCUACAAAAGGAUGAGAAGCAAGGCUGGAGGCAUGUAAGAAUUAAGCAAAUGGGGAAGAAUGCCAGUGGGCAAACACACUACCUCUCUCUAUCUGGAUUUGAACUUUAUGGCACUGUGAAUGGUGUGUGUGAGGAUCAGCUAGGUAAGCAAUGUAGAUAGAAUUAUUUCUUGUUCUUACCACCAGCUAUUGUACUGUAGGCCAUGAAUUAAACUUUUUCAAAAACUUAAUGCCAAUCUAGAGCAUGUUUUUAAGCACGUUUUAAGAUCAAAAUAUCAGUUUGAUAUUUGAAAUACCUGCCACCAAGUUGGAAUGCUUAAAUCUUGUAUAGAUAGCGUAACCAGCAGUGUUUUAUCACUAGUUUUGAUUGCAUGUAGGAAAAGCAGCUAAAGAAGCAGAGGCUAAUCUGCGAAGGCAGAGGAGACUGGUACGCUCUCAGGUUCUGAAGUACAUGGUUCCAGGUGCCCGUGUCAUCAGAGGAAUUGAUUGGAAAUGGAGAGAUCAGGAUGGUAGUUCACAAGGUGAAGGCACUGUUACAGGCGAAUUGCACAAUGGUGAGCAACUGCUUAAACAAUUAGCUCUCUUUAUUCCACAAGUUAUUUAUAGUAGUUCACUGCAUUUUCUAGUUUGGUGAUUAGGGAAAUGUAGAUUCAGAAAUCAAAAGGAAGACAGAAAGGAAAUAGUGUACUGUUUGGUCAUGUUAAAUCAAGAGUGCAUUUGUCAUAGUGACCUGCUGACAUAAAGAAAACCUGUUUGAGCUUCAGAUAAAAUUAGCACCCGAGUUAUAAACAUUUCUACCUCAAAAUAAGUUUUACAGGGCACAAAGGGAGCCUGUAGAAUAAUGUAAGAUUUGCAGAAGUAGUAAGUGAAAUUCCUUGGAAAAACCAGGAGAAAACCUCUCACUUAAUUACUGGGUGGGUAAGAAGUCCUAAGAUAUCACUUGCCUCUUGACCUCAAGAAGCAUCCAGAAAUUGAGAAGGACAAACCGGUUCAUAAACUCCCCCAGGUAUUAGUCACACCUAACUUCCCUAGUUCUUGGAGAUUCUGACUUGUACUUUGGGAAACUUGUAUUUCAAGAAAGAAAAUGUUAGAGUUACUUGAUAGUUAGAGAUCAAGAACAAGGUCUUAUUGGAACAGUAUUCCUUGAAGUAAAGUACCACCACUCACAUUUGAUUUUCACAUGUCCAUAAAAUACAGUGUUGCAUACAAGUUGUGCUAAUUACAUGCAACUCCAAUAUACAGAUUAGCUGUGGCAUUUCUGCUCCUAUAUUUUGUGUGUUGCGUUAUGGGUAUGAAUAAUUGAUCCAGUGUCUAAGAAGAAUAAAUAUUUCCUGUCUGUAUAAUAUCAGAAUACCUUGCUAUCCCUUUUCUGGCUUGGCAUUUGCAACUUGCUUUUUCUUCAGCUUUUGUCAAGUUCUCUGCCAUUUCUUACCUUACUAGCUUCGCUGGGAUCAAGUUUCUGUUUUCUUAAUACUAAUAUAUGAUUAAACCAAAGUGGGGAAUGCUAAGAGGCAGGUAUUAAAUUUCCAGUGGCAUAGCAAUUAGAUUUAUAAUAUUUUUUGAGGAAGGAUAUGAUGCCACAUUCAAGGUCUCCAUCUCAAGUGUAUCUUUUCUUUAGAAUGAUCGUUCUCCUAUUAUGCAGAAAAAUCAUCCUAAUAAUUAUUCACUUAAAAAUACUUGUGAAAAGUAGUUGAAAAUUAGAUAGAAGUAGAAAAGUAGAUAGAAAAUUUUGUGGUGAUAUUUUAAUGUGCUUGUCUUCUUUAGCAUUCAAGAUUUGAUUAACUAGCUCCCCCACUCUGAAUCCAUCACUCUAUGAACCAUACUAGGCCAAGUUCCAAAAAAACAAUUCUCUCUCGUUCCCAUAUCAACUAAAAAUCUUCUUCCCAGGGAGUAAUUGUUAAACAAAAACUGGAGUGCCAGUUAUUUAAAAUGUAAUUAAAAUAAUGCAUAGAGAAAGGUCUUCAUAUCAUAAGCAGAAGGAAGUUGCAAGGAUGCUCCUUGGACCCAAGUGUGGUCUGUUUGCCCUCCCUUCCCACCCACCUUUUAAAUAAAGGUUCAAGGACUGCCUUGCCACAACCUAAAGGAAAGCCAGGUUUCAGGUGCAGAUUGGACUGCAUUUGCCACUGCUGUGGUUGACCAACGACUGAGGAUGGAGGCCAACCAUACUUAACAAGCUGACUUAAAAUAGAAUAAUGGAUUUUCCCCAGUAACUGUAGUAUGUGAAACAUAAUAACAGUUACCAAGUAUUCUGAUAAGAAAACCAUUUAAAUGCCCACACACUUCUACUACACAUAGCUCAAACUUUACUUUUAAGGGAAUUAAAAAUUUAAAGUUAUAGUUACUUUUAAUACAAAACUUUUUACAUUUUUGACUGGAUUCUCAGAUCUUUAGUAUUAAAUUGAACUGUGGUAAGAGCUGUCCAUUUUAAUGUAGUACACCUACAAUGAUCACACUGCUUGAAUUUCAAAUCUUUCUAUUAUUUUGUUUGGCUUUAAAGCCUAUUAAGUAAUUUCUGUGACUCAAGAUAGCGGCCCAAUGAGAAGCUGAUCCCAUAUUGUGGAGCUACUGUCUUGACACGCUCCUGUCUGCUUUCUGCUGGGUCUCACAAACUCCUGUCCCUUUCUAGGCUGGAUUGAUGUCACCUGGGAUGCUGGUGGCUCUAACUCUUACCGUAUGGGCGCAGAAGGAAAAUUUGACCUCAAGCUUGCCCCAGGGUACGACCCUGAUUCAGCGGCAUCACCCAAACCUGUUUCAUCCACUGUUUCAGGCACAACGCAGUCAUGGAGCAGCUUGGUGAAAAACAACUGUCCAGACAAGAUGACUGCUGCUGCAGGCUCUUCAAGUAGAAAAGGAAGUAGCAGUUCUGUGUGUAGCGUGGCCAGUAGCAGCGACAUCAGCUUGGGUUCGACAAAAAUGGAGCGGAGAUCUGAAAAUGUAAUGGAACAAAAUAUAGUUUCAGGCACUGACGUCCAUGAGCCAAUUGUUGUCCUUUCCUCUGCUGAUGGCAUGCCUCAGACUGAAGUAGGGUCAGCGUCCAGUGCAAGUACCAGCACCUUGACAGCCGAUGUGGGAAAUGAAAAUGUUGAAAGAAAGCUAGGAACUGACAAUUCAAUCCGCGCAACUGGGGAGUCCAAUGCUAUAUCCAUGGGAAUUGUUAGUGUGAGUUCCCCAGAUGUUAGCUCGGUAUCUGAGCUGACGAAUAAAGAAGCUGCUUCUCAGAGACCCCUUAGUUCUUCAGCAAGUAACAGACUAUCAGUGAGUUCGCUUCUGGCUGCUGGGGCUCCAAUGAGUUCCAGUGCAAGUGUUCCUAACCUAUCCUCACGAGAAACCUCUAGUUUGGAGUCCUUCGUCCGGAGAGUGGCGAACAUCGCUCGCACCAAUGCCACUAACAACAUGAAUUUAAGCCGAAGUAGCAGUGAUAACAACACUAAUACUUUAGGAAGAAAUGUCAUGAGCACUGCAAGUAAGUAAAAAUAAAUACCUGUCAACUUACGCUGCACCUGUGAAAUGGGAAGAAAGAGGCUUGACAUUCUUGACAUAAUGGUAGCUUUGAAGAGUCAUCUGGGGUGGUAUAAUAGCUAUAUCGCCCCCAAUUUUGUAUUGUCUUGGAAAAUUGCUCUUGCUGCAGUAAUUAAAGAAUUGUGCAGCAGGAUUUACUUACUCCAUUUACUUAAUGUUUGAUUUCAGGGGGAAUUAAAGUAAAUAUCAUUGCUUAGAAGAAAUCUAGGUGCCACAACAUCAUAGCUAAGUCUAUUCUGGUACUUACAGCACUGAAAUCCUUUGGAUAGAUUAGAAGAGCAUUAAAUUGUUUCUUAAUUCUAAUCUAUCAGUGAUGUUCCUAGAAAUAAAUGCAUGUCUCAUAGAAAUUUGCUUAGAAUGUUGUACUUGAAUCUGAAUUAAUUUGGAAACUCUGGUGCUUAUAUUCUCACUCUUCAAAAUAUUGAAAAAAAAUUCAUUCAUCUGAAAGAGGUAAAAAGCUUAGGGAAAACAGUGUUGUCUUAAAAUUGCUCAUACUUUUAAAAAACAAAUGAGUGUUACAAACACAGGUUUAUAUGUGCUGCCAUUUAUUUUUGUUUCUAUGUUUUACUGCAGUUUCUUGCUACAAAGCUAAAAUGUUAAGAAUGUAGAUAGACUAAGGAGAUACUGCUGAAUUAGUUUUAUAUUGAAAGAAUAAGAUGACAAGUUAUUUCUCUAUUUUGUCUUUUGUCAAUUAUGCUCCAUGCUUGGCAGAGGGUUGAGCCAUGGAAGUGCAGCCAUUCUAGCCCUUUUUUUUAAUGUGGUGAGCAGUGCCUGAUAUGAAAUGGGAAAAGAAUAGCCAACUAGCGUGUGCAUUGGAAACUGAACUGCUGCCCUUAUUACUUGAACAUUUGUGGGAACUGCUAUUCACCUUUCCCUUUAUUUGGAAAUGUUAUUCUUUGUACUUUAGAGAAUAUUGUAAAAAUCCAUUUUUUCAUAUGUUUAUAUUUAAAAAAUAAGUUUAGUAAAACAUAGUUUUAUUCUAUAUAAUUAUUUUACUGUGUUUAAUUUUUCCACCCCAUAUUAUCGAUGAUAAGCGCUAAUAAAAUGGAUUAACUCACUAGAGUCAGUAGUGAGGUGGUCCAAAUGUAAUACCAGACCAUAGUUUGCAAACCUAAACCAAGUUUGUUGUGAUGCUUGAACUUAAACUAUUUGGCAAAUCAUGAUUUUCAAGUGGUACCAAGUAAGAACUUGAAACCAUAAUUUGAUUUUAGUUUGCAAAAACAAUUUUAACAAACUGGAUUGGGAUGUAUAUAUGCACUAAGAAAGCAUGAUUUGAGAUGUUUGUUCUUCCUUUAAGAGGGCAUUCUGGCAUUCUCAGAAAAGAGGGAGAAACCACACACACAGUUGCUUGCACACCUGGGACCCAAAGCAGAUAAAGAAAAUUAGAUGAUUCUUGGUUCAUUCUAUAUUAGUUAAAUUACUACCAAUGCUUUUGAAAAUGUGAGACUAUGUCUUGGAUUGAUAUAUUUACAGCAACUAUUCAAGACAAUCCUGUUUAAAAGUUCAAAUUUCUUCAUGGAAAUUAAACAAAAGAUUAUUGUUCCUAUUGAAAGCAUUCCUGUCCUCCCCUCCGCUUCCAAGAGGAAUUUGUUAAUGCAACUGUUCUGCUAAUCUGCUCAGAAAGGGAAAGGGCUCUCCAAAAGCAGUGCUGAACUCACUCUUUUAUCUCUGGAGGACCAACAUAUGUGUUCAGUAUUCUCCAAAGGGCACUAGGACCACCCCUUGGUGGGUGGUAUGUUCCUCUUAUUGCUAGAGGCACAAAUGUCAUCACUCUAACAGAAUCUCUGUUUGACUCUUCUCUUGGAGUGACCGUUUUUCCUGCCUCGAUUGAAGCAGCAUUACAUUCACUUAGUUCUUAUCAUAGUACUUGUUCAAAACUAGAAUGUGGGCUACUUCAACACAAGCAGAUUUCUAUUUUGGUCUUUUGUUUUACUUGAAGCCCUUUCUUGCAGUGGCCUGUAAUUCUGCACUGAUGAAUAAGAUAGACUUGGUGACUAUUUAAAAUAUUGAAACACAUUGAAGCACUCAUGAAUGCAAACUGUUCUACUCUGGAUCAUUUAUUUUAUCUUACCAUAUCUUUAUCUAUAGCUUCUCCUCUAAUGGGUGCCCAAAGUUUUCCUAAUCUGACUACAACUGGUACCACAUCAACAGUGACCAUGUCUACAUCCAGUGUUACUAGCAGCAGCAAUGUAGCCACAGCAACUACAGUUUUAUCUGUUGGUCAGUCACUUAGUAACACUCUAACUACUAGCCUAACAUCAACAUCUAGUGAGAGCGAUACAGGUCAGGAAGCAGAAUAUUCUUUGUAUGGUAAGUUUCAUUUUUAAAUGAACAUAAGCAGAUUUCCCAUUAAUAAUUUUCUGUUUUCACCUUUACUUUUGUUAUGGGUUUCUCACUUAGUUAUUUCAUUACUAAAGCAUAUCAAAUAACGGAGCUGUUUACCCUGUUACUAGUUACAUAAAGGGUUCCCCAGCAAAGGCUUUUACUCCCAAUGUCAUCAGAAUUUUCUAUAAAUAUCAGCUCUUCACAAUCCUCUACAUUCUUUGUAUUUAUGAUAUUUUUAUAUAGCAUUUCAGUAUAAAGGUAUUUAAAAUGUAGGAAAACUGAUUUGAAUGUCUUAGCCUAUUAAGAAAACUUCUAAAAAUUCAGAAAUCCAGAUAUAUAUGUACGUAUUAUAUCACUGUUAUUCUAGUCUUUCAGUAUGGUGUGCUGCAGUUAUUGAUUCUGUGAAGUAAGUUCACAUUGAAAACAGUGGCUUAGAUCCAAAUUUGUGUGAGCAGAAUUCCACUUGUGCAAUGAGACUUUCCCAUCUUCCAAUUGCAACCCCUGCUCACCUCCCCCCUCCAAAAGUGACUUCUGGGGUUCGGUGGACCAUCCAGAAUUGGGUGGGAACACGGGUGCCAACUUGAAUAAAAUAUUUGGGGUCCCCAGGUAAGCCCCAUCCUGCAUAAUUGAUAACAAGACGUGCAUGCACACCAUUUGAAUGGCAAUGCCCAUCAAAUUUGGGUUCAGCCCCCUUAAAUAUGUUAUGGGGUGGUUGAAGGGAGCUUGGCCCCUAGGAGUUGCCUCUCAUGGGUGGAAUAUUCUGAUAGAAGAGCACAUUUUGGAUCAAAGUUCACAUGUAUGAAUUUAGAACCGUUGUGAGUCAAAAUUCUAAGUUGAAAGGCAUUGACAGUUAAUAAUACUUCACAUCUCCACAGCACAUUCACUGUUUCAUGUGCAUUAGCCUGGUCCCUUGUCACAGGCAAAAUCUCCAGUCAGCUGUACUGGUGUACUGAUCCAUUAUCACAAACACAACUGUGAAAUCACAUGGCAAACCAUAAUUCAGUGGCAGCUAGCCAUAGUUUGCCAGCUUCAACAUGUCAGCAAACUCUAGGAAAAUCCUAUAAAUAGAAGAGGAAGCAUGUUCGUGGAAAGAAGAGAGUACACAAGCCUACAGAAGUCCCCCAACAUGACCUUGAGAACUGGGUUCAUUAGGUCUAAACCUGGCCAGUGUUAUUAUUGUUGUUAUUAAUUUUUAUACUACCCUUCAUUCACAGAUUAAAGGGCAGUUCACAACAUAAAAAUACAAAAUGAGACCACAAACUAUAUAACAGAGAAACAGAAAUAAACCAAUAACUCUCCUCCCACGAACAUUUAAAAGACCAUAGAUUGUUAAAUCAGCCAAAGGCCUGCUUAUAGAGAAACAUUUACACCUGGUGCCAUGCUUAUAAGUAGUCAUAUUUAUGGGGAAGCAACAAAACAGCUUGGCAUACACACAUUUGCUUCGAAAUAGUAAAGACCUACAGAAGCUUAACUGCAUCAUUUUCACACGCAGGUCAUUUCAAAUAGCUUUCCAUGUGGGGGAAAUCGCAGGAUGAUGUCUUAGUAGCAGAAACUCCUGGGGUUGCUAAUGCUUAUUCCCAAAGAGAGAUUUGGAGUUUGGGCAAAUGGGUUCUGUUAGGUUUCUUGGUGUAUUUCUUGCAGUAAGCACAGGGAUCAACAUUAUAUUCUUCUCCUAAGACACUCGUGCAACAGUCAGAGCUGUUGGAGGUCAGAACUUUCCUGCCAUGGCUGUAGCAGUUCUUUAAAAUAGUCAGUUGCAUCAUAUAUGUGCAGGAAAAGUCUGAAUAGUAACGUGUCUUUCAGACAUUAUAGUGGAGAUUUGAAGGCCCAGAUUCUGGGAGGGGCAGAAGAAUAGCAUUAAAAAUAAAGAGCUUAUUUAGGGGAUGGCUGCAAAAAAAAGUUACAUGAGCUGCUUUCAUGGCAGUAGGAAGAGAACUUAGUGGGAAGAUUGUCAUUCAUCCCUUUAAAGCACACACACAAAAAUGCAAUGUUCUAGGAGAUGGAAUGGUAGGAUGGGAUCACCUAAUCUGCUACACUAGCUAGAGGUCUAGAAAGUUCCUAGCUGUUAUUUGUACACGGAUAGUAACAAAUUGUGUGACUGUACAGAUGACCGCUGGAUCAUUGGUUGAAGGAAAAGCUCUGCAGAGAGAGUGCUAGUUUUCUCCCAUUUCCUGUUUGGUACUUAGGGGUGACUGCACACAAAAUGGAAAUUAUAAAAUCCCCAACAAAAGGCUUUAUUACUGUAGAAUAAAUGUAAGAUUCCUCAAAGGGUUUACCGCACAUUGGCAUGGAUACAUUGCAUUUGAGUUAGGAGCUGAAAAGGAAGUUCUCGGGGAAGCGUUGGGGACAAAAGGGAAUGGUAGAAUUAAGGGAUAGAAAUUAUAUCAAGCUCUUGGGGGAAUGAACCUAGACAGUGCUGGAAAUUGUAAUGAAUACUUCACAUUGUAUCAGCAGAAGCCACUGGGAAAUGCUGCGUGCCACUGGCUGUGGGAAGGCAUCCUUUCAGAGUACAGACUGAUUCAAGAAAUUAUGUGGGCCUUUGCAAAUUAGAAUUUAGAAUGAGAAUUCAUUUUUUAGUCUGGAAGUGGCACCUGUUGAAUUCCCAGAUUGCAGUAUGAAGCAGAAUUUGAAAGUUAUAAGCAUCUCUCAAAUAUAUUCAUGUAUCUGUUAAAGAUGCUUUUAGGCUGAUGUUCUAAUACCAUAAACUUUAGAAAGUUGUCUUACAAUUUGCUUUGAGUGCUAGUUGCCAUAUUUGAGGUAUAAGUGAUUAUCAGAGUAGCAGUUUGUCUUUUUUAUCCCUGAGGAGUUGUUGUUUUUGCCACAUUAGUUUUGAAUUAUGAAUAUAUUGUUAAAAUCUCCAUAGAGCAUGGUUAUUAGAGAGUAAGAAGCCAGUGUCCCAGGUUCAGAUGUUACGGGAGGUCAAGCUUAACGAUGACUUUCUGGUUGGUUAGUCCCAUUUGCAUGAUCUCAUGAGCCCGUAAUAAGUUUUAAGAAAGUUAAAGACCCAUGAAAUGCAAAAAUGCCUCCUAUAAAACCAGGAGAUUAUGCUGUAUUGGGAUUUAGACUGCUUCAUACGUGACAAGCAUCCCGUAUGAACAUAAAUUGUAUGUAAAAAACAUGUGCAGUUUCUGACUUUCCUAGAGUUAGGAUUUUUACAUAUGCACAAUUUCUGCCUGUGUAGGAAACAAGGCGCCAUUUUCCAAUUCCCUUCUUGCCUUGCUCCUGCAAUGUAGGCAGAUGUACAUUGCUAUGUUUUUGAUGGACUGAUAAUUGGUUUCAAAGAGAAAAAAAUCCGCCCUUCCAUGUUUGAAACUGUAGGUAUUACAUGCGUCAUUACUGUUGUGUGUUCAGUGCUGUUAGCAAUGUACCUGCAGUUCUUUGGGUGCUCUGAAUACAGAACAAGAAAUGGAAACCUGUCUUUCAUGAAUGGCUGGAGGGCUGCUAUGUACCAGUAUCAGUAGUUGUCAUUAUAGAACUUGGAAUACUGCUAAUUUUAGAGGUGUUCCUUUUUUCAUGGUUUGACACAUUGCUACAGGAAUGAAAGUGGUUUAUGAGAUAUUUGCUAAUAUUAUAUGAUGUUUUUGAAAAUAAAAGGAAAUAAGUUCUAUGAAACAUGUAUUGCAACUAUAGUAGCAAAAUUAUUGGCUUGCUAUCCAUUUCCACUAAUGGUUUGUGCUUACAAAUGGGAUCAGUUUGUCUGAGUAUCUUACCUUAUUCCAAAUAGUUUCCCAUUCCUUUUCAGGUUGUUUUCUGAAAUGCUUUCCCCCUUUGUCAAAAUUCUUUAAAUAGGUUUCUUCUCUACUGUCUUGAGCCUCUUUUUCCUGUUCCUGCUUUGAAUUUAUAGAACAAAAUCAGUCUUCAUCCUUACAGCCUUUUUUUUUUUUUUAAAAGCAAACAACAAGCAACUGAGUUCUUAGCGUGUGGUUUGUGUGUGUUCUGUGUAGAUUUUCUUGAUAGCUGUCGGGCCAGCACUCUAUUAGCGGAGUUAGAUGAUGACGAAGAUCUACCUGAGCCAGAUGAAGAGGAUGACGAAAAUGAAGAUGACAAUCAAGAAGAUCAAGAGUAUGAAGAAGUUAUGGUACAGUUCAUAUCUAUUUUUACAAUAUUGUCUGAUCUGCAGUUAUUUGGGGACCCUAUCAAAAAACCUUCUACUCUCCUGAACUUGUAGUAUAGUAUAGGUUGUUCAUUGUGGACCAGUUUUGUCAAUUUAGAGAACUUGUCCGUUUUUAAAGUAUCAGUAGCAGCUUGUUGCCAUUUCAGUAGCUUAUUACAAAUGUUCUACCUUGUUUACAGAUCAAAUGAUAACAGUCCUCAUAAUAUUAGUUCAGUGGAAUCCCGAAAGAAACCCCUAAAUAACAGAUUAUGUAAAUAGAUUCUACUACAAUAAAUGUCCACUUUGGUACUUUCCCUCCCCCAUUCCAUUAUAUCAGUGUCAAAUUAUCUGAGGUGAACUCUUUUAGAAUAUGGCCUUGGAUAUGGCUUAUGGGCUGCAAACAGUCUUGAGUAGCUGUAUGCUUAUGUGUAGCGAUUUGGGGGAUUAAAAAUGAGGUGCUGCUACUUGUAUUUUGAUAAUUUUUCUAUGGGUGCCACUGCAAAGUGGCUGCCAUGCACAGCCUAAAAAGAGAUGCUGGUACUUCAUACUGGUGUGUACUGUCACACCCACAAAAAUACUGCAUAUAUGUGAUCUUCAUUAGAAAUCUGAAUUGGUAAUGCCAGAUUAACUUGAGUCUUGAUACUGCUUGAAAAGAAUCUAGGAUGAGAAUUCACAUAAUUUCCUCUAUAAAUUUGGCUAAACACGUGACAGCUAUGUUUGUGCAUUUUAAGUAAGUUAAACAGGAUAGCAUUGAUGCUUUAAGUCAGGGGCCAGCAAGGUUUAUCUUUGCCUGAGCGGGAUUGGUCCUGCAGAGACCCCUAUGUGGGCCGGAUUGUGCAUGUGCGUGAGUGCACGCGCCCAUGAUUUCAGGCAUCUGCGCGUGCGCAGAUGCGAUUUCCGGUGCCAUGGAAGUGAGCCCCUGCGCCGUGCUGUGCCGGUUUAGCACAGUGCGUGAGCGGGCACUUCGGUUCAGGGGCGGCUCGUGGGCCAGUCAGAUGACCUCCAUGGGCCGUUUCCGGCCCAUGGGCCUUAGGUUGCUGACCCCUGCUUUAAAUUUUUGAAAGUGUAGGUGAGAAUCUGCAGUGUACAGCAAGUUCAGUUUGUUUACUUAGCUAUUCUCAUGGCUUACCCAACUUAAGUAACUGUCUCUGAAGACAGUUCAGAAACUUCAGCUGGUGCUGAAUUAGGCUGCCAGGUUGCUUACCCGGGCAAGAUGGUUUGAGCAUAUUACACCAAUCCUGCCCCAACUGCACUGGCUGCCAGUUCGUUUCCAAGCCAAAUUCAAAGUGCUGGUUUUGACCUAUAAAGACUUAAAGUUGAUUGGUGAAUCUUAUGUUUUGAUGUAUUUAUAUUUUGAUGUUAGCAGCCCUGAGCCCGGUUAUGGCUUGGGAGGGUAGGAUAUAAAUAAAAUUUAUUAUUAUUAUUAUUAGCCUCAGGACAGCAAUACCUCAGUGACUGCCUCUCCUCGUAUGGACUGACCCAAACCUCCAAUCAUCAUCUGAGGCCCUCUUAGUGUGCCCCGUCCACAAGAGACCCAAGGGCAGCAACACAAGAGUGGGCUUUUUCUGUGGUGGCUCCCCAUUUGUGGAAUGCUGUCCCCUGGGAGGCUCGCCUUCCUUACAUAUGUUUAGGUGCCAGGCGAAAAUGUUUCUCCCAAACCAGUCCUUUGGCUGAUUGGACAUUCUAUGGCCUUUUAAAUGUGUUUGUGGGAAAAGGGGUUAUUGGUUUUUUGCACUUUCAUUUUGUAUUUUGAGUUCUCAUUUUGUAUUUUCAUUUUGUGAACUGCCCUUUGAUCGUCAGGUGAAGGGCAGUAUACAAAUUUAAUUAAUUAGUAAUUAGCAGCAGCAGUAGAUAGUUUUUGUACUUGUCUAUCCAGUGUGGGUUUAAAAAAUGAAAAUAACUUUUUUGUUCGUUUUGCCAUUUUUGUUAUAUAAUAGGAAGAAGAAGAGUAUGAAACAAAAGGAGGACGUAGAAGAACAUGGGAUGAUGAUUAUGUUUUGAAACGUCAGUUUUCUGCUUUAGUACCUGCAUUUGAUCCUAGACCUGGCCGUACUAAUGUUCAGCAGACAACUGAUCUUGAAAUCCCUCCCCCAGGUAUAUCCAUGAGUUGUUUGAAAAACCAUGUGCGAAGUAUAAAUAUAUAAUAUACACGUACAAAUACACAAGCAUGUCAGAGAACCUAAGAGAAGAACAAGAUUGGAGGAGGAGAGACACAACUAGGUUGGGGGAGGACAUGCUAAGAUACCUACCACCUUCUCAAACUUUCUCCCUUCACAAAUCUAGGUUGUAGCAGGGGAGGGACACACACUGUUUUCAUGGGGAAGAAGCUGAUGAGAAUGAGAUGCUGAAUGGAGAAAGGAGUUGGGGUCUGAAGCAAGUGAGAUUUGAAUGAGUGAGUCAGGUACCAUGUAAGGGUAACAGGGUAAAACUGAAAUGCAUAUUUUCUCCUCCUCCCCCUUGUGAAAUUUCAAAUGCCUUUACUUUGAAUUUAUUUUUAGGUUUAGAUAAGAAUUAUGAUAUCAUGAAAUAUAUGUGAGAUGUUGAAAGCUGUUGCAGACUUAAAAAAAACUAUUGCUCAUUGCACUGAUUUAUCACUGAUUACAGGAACACCCCAUUUGGAACUACUGGAAGAAGUUGAGUGUACACCAUCUCCCCGUUUAGCACUUACCUUGAAAGUUACAGGCCUUGGUACAUCUCGCGAGGUUGAGCUGCCCCUAACAAAUUUUCGAUCAACUAUCUUUUACUAUGUUCAAAAAUUGCUACAACUUUCCUGCAAUGGCAACGUGAAAUCUGAUAAGCUCAGACGAAUUUGGGAGCCAACAUACACGUAAGACAUUUAAAAUCCGAUGCUGUAUCUAAAACAGUCUAAGGCUGCAUUUUUUGCAAUGUGUAUUUACAGUGCGUAUCAAAAACUGCUGCUAUGUCAUCUCUUAUCUUGUGGAUAUGGUUGUGCGGCAGUAGUGUUUGGAUAGUGGUAGUCUUAUGUAAACAUUGGCAUCAUUUCUUUUUCCCUGCCUUAACAUUUCAAUGUUAGGGUUCUUACACUGUUUUUGAAAUUGUAACAAAUAAGUGUCGAUGAAAGAAUUCUUAACAUAAAGAGUGCACUUGCUACAUCAAAAUGAAUAGUUGUGCUUCAAGGUGGCCUGUAAUUCAAAAUGUAUUCAUGGUUUUUAUAGUUUAAAGAAUUUAAAAACAAGAUUCAAGAGCUGUUGCGCCAGCAGUUGAAUUCUUGGAAUGCGUUGUAUCAGUUGCUUUGCCAGUCUAGUAUUAAGAAGCAUCAUUGGCUGACUCACCAAUGUUACUCUUGUGUGGCAAGCAGCAAAGCAUUCAGAAUUAUUUUAGUAUGCAGAGUGUAAGCAGAAGACAAUUUAAAUUAUAUCGCAAGAUUCAUACUGAUUUGGAAAUAGUGCGUUCUGUUGUAGAAAGCCAGUACAUAAAUAACUCUAAAUCUUUUCAUGUUUAGAAUUGUAUACAGAGAAAUGAAGGAUUCUGAUAAAGAGAAAGAAAGUGGGAAAAUGGUGAGAUAAAUCUUAACUUUUCAAUACUUAUGUGGCUGUCAACAGAUUUUUGUGCAGUUUGUGCACUUUAAAAAAAAAGCAGCAGCUUUUCUAAAAAGCUACACUAACUGAGUUCCGUUGUAUGGAAGAUAUGUUAAAGAAUGUUUGUAAAUGCAUGUUCCUAAAGAAAUGUGUGUAGUGCAUGUGAAAUGUUUCAAACUUUACAACCAGGAAAUACCAACAUUUGGUGGUUCCUGUUGUAGGGUUGCUGGUCAAUAGAGCAUGUGGAACAGUACCUUGGCACUGAUGAAUUACCAAAGAAUGACUUGAUAACCUACCUGCAGAAGAAUGCGGAUUCAGCCUUUCUGCGCCACUGGAAAUUAACCGGCACUAAUAAAAGCAUUAGGAAAAACAGAAAUUGUUCCCAGCUCAUAGCUGCAUACAAGGUAUAUGUCUGCAUCUAAAAGUAUUGAUUUGGGGAAUGUCUAUGCUUUAUUUUGCAUCGUGUUAUGAGUCCUGACAGAGGGACUUGAUGUGUGACUAAUGCAAUUUACUCUGGUUAAAUACGUUUACGUGUGACCCUCAUGUUUAACUUUUACCAGCUCCAGUGUUUUGUAUGCUUUUGAAUAGACACAGUAUUAUAUUAUUAUUAAUAAUAAUAUUGUGCCUAACAACAGCUAAAGGCUCAGUAUUUGCAUCAUGCAAACCAUGUUUACCUUUUCUCUAUCUCAAAGUUCAAAAUAAUUACAUCGCAAUUCUAACCUUUACUAUGUAUUUAUUUUCCUUCCAUUCAUUUAUUUACACAGGAUUUUUGUGAACAUGGAUCAAAGUCCAGUUUGAGCCAGGGAGCUAUUUCCACACUUCAGAACUCAGACAUUCUUAGUUCAAUAAAAGAACAGCCUCAAGCCAAAGCUGGUAGUGGACAGAAUUCAUGUGGAGUAGAAGAUGUUCUACAGUUGCUCCGUAUUUUGUAUAUUGUUGCAAGUGACCCUUAUUCAACUCGAAAUUCUCAAGAAGGUAAGUAGGAUGUAAUACAUUUCCCCCUAAAAGCUUCCACAAAGGAAACAUAUUAUUAGUACAUUAUUAUUCAUUUCUAUUAAUAAUUUCAGAAGGAGAUGAACAGCUUCAGUUUAAUUUCCCACCAGAUGAAUUCACAAGCAAAAAAAUCACCACAAAAAUUCUUCAACAGAUUGAGGUAAUAUAUAUAUUUAUUACUGAGAUUAUUUCUGAGGCAUUUUAGUUUCAUAGAAGCUGUUGUAGAUGGUUGAAGUCUGAAAUAUCAUCUUAUUUAAAGGAAGCAGUGAAAAUUAUUUAAAUGUGGUUUUUCUUCAUUUGCUGGUUUUGUUUCAUUAUUUAGAUGGCCCAUGCCAUGUGCUGGAAGGGAGCUUUGGUGAGGCAUCCAAAGCUGAGUCAGUUGUACAGUUCAAUUAAUUGCAGCCUUGAUCUUGAAAACUGAACAUAGAUUGGUAGGAUUUUACUGACAUAAGUCAUAAAAGAAUUAGAAUUUCCUUUAAAUUGCACUGUUAUAAAAGCAUGAAGUCUAGUGUGGUUAACGAUUGCAGCAUUGGACUGUGGGCACCAGAUUCAAAUUCUCACUCAGCCAUAAAGCUCACUGGGUGAACUUGGACAGUUUCUUCCUUUCAACCUAAUCUAUCUCGGGAUUAUUUUGCAGAUAAAAAUGGGGUUGAAAUGUGGGUUAUCCAUAAGUUAGAACACCUUGGAGGAAGCUGGAAAAUAAAUGAAUACAACACAUUCAGUGAUUAAAAAUGACAGCUUAACAUUUAGGAAAACUACUACUUUAUUUAGUACUAGCAGGGAGUGGCUGAUGUUGCCUUGGUAUUUGAAAAAGCAGGAUUGUUUUUUUAAAAAAUGGAUAGUGUAAUUUGUGAAGUUUGGGACUGUGUGAACACACCCUAGCCCAAGGCCGAGAGUGGGUUCUUGUCAUCUGGGCAGCCCAGGUCCUCCCUACACACUGCCUAGGCUUGCCCCCUGGGGAAGUAACUUCAGCGCUGCUAACGCAGUGGUUUGACUUCACCCCCAGAGGCACACUCCAUUGUCUCUUGACACAGACAGAUGCCAACAGCAACAAUGCCAAAAAUCAGGCAGAGUCCUCUUUCAGACUGACAUCUUUAUUCAAACUGGCUGUUGGUACUCCAACAUGAACAAAAACAGCCGCUCCCGCCUCAGAAUUCUUUCUGCCAAGUUUGAAAUCAGUGGUGUUUGGGCCCAUCAUGCCAAAGAUCAGAUCAGGCUUCCUCAAACCCGGCGCUCCAGAUGUUUUGAGACUACAAUUCCCAUCAUUCCUGACCACUGGUCCUGCUAGCUAGGGAUCAUGGGAGUUGUAGGCCAAAAACAUCUGGAGGGCAAGUUUGAGGAGGCCUGGAUCAGAUGAAGUCACACCAAAGUCACAUUUUGAAUCUCCAUCUUUAUUCAGAAUGGUGGUUGACAGCCCAAUGUCCACAAAAACUGCCACCCCCACCCUGGAAACCCUUGUGUCAAGUUGGGCGAUGAUAUAUUGAGACAUUUGAAUGCAUUUAGAACAAACCAUUUUCUACAACAUACAGUGGUAGAUUUUUAUUUAAUUAUGACCAUCCUAUUUACAACAAUUGUGUUUUUUUUACAAAGUACAAAAACUAGUGGUAUAAGGUGAGUGUGUAGGAAAAUAUGAAUGCAUAAAUAGUUAUUUAUCCAUCAUACACUUUGUUCUUCAGACAUUGCAUUUUAAACAGUGGGUGUAUUAAAUUACAGGAGCCAUUGGCACUAGCAAGUGGAGCUCUGCCAGACUGGUGUGAACAGAUAACUAGCAAGUGCCCUUUCUUAAUUCCAUUCGAAACUCGACAGCUGUAUUUCACAUGUACAGCAUUUGGGGCAUCAAGGUAAGAAACCUGACAAGCAAAUUGCUUAUUUGCUGCAGUUUCAGAAUACUGAAUCUCUUUAAUGUCAGUAUUUGGAAUAUCAGUGUUUCCUUGUGUAGAAAUUGAAUUUUUAGGUAGUAAAUCCUAAAUACAAGAAUUCUGUUAUGAUAUGGAUGCUGUUUGGUUUGAAAAUGGUUAACACUGUGAACGUGGGGGACUCUGGUCUUUUAUUUCUAACCAUAGUCAGAAAAGAUAGUGUUGAGGGGGUUCAGCUGGCAUUUUUCUAGGAAGCAACUAGACUGCUACAAGAGGUGUUUUGGUUACAAAUUUGUAGAAUUUUCUAUUAUGGCCAUUAACAACAAAAUCUAGUUUUUGUGUGAAUUGGGAGAACGGAAAAGGUUAAUUGUGAGAGGACGUUUAGUGCACAUUCUAUUAAAAAUUAUUGAUUCUGAGGGGCAGAUGAAUGAGAGCAGUCAAUCAGUUGGCCAGAGCCUAGGAAGAGGCAGAAAGAUAAUAAGGAAACACUGGUGUCAGAGGCUGAGGAAAGCUAGCCAAGAAAGAGAGAUAGAGAGAGAGUGUCUUCAGAGGCAGUUCUCCAGCAUAGCCUCUGGCAAAAAUGACAGCAACUGACAAAGGAGAUCACAGCUGUGACAACAGCAAUAGUGUGUGCGGAUGGAAGGGACAGAGCAGCAGUGGCAGCGUUGUGUUUGCUGGGAUGGGGCAGGGUGAGGUGGUGUUGAGGUGGGGGUAGCUUGUGGCAGAUAUGUGUGCCAUCUGUGGGAGACAGGGAGUGCCAACCCAUGGUUCUCCCAGCCUUGCUCCACCCUGUCCCAUUGAACUCAGUGCUGUUGCAAGGAUAUCACUUGUUUUUUAUUUAUUUGAAAUAUUUCUUACCCAUCCUUCACCCUAAGGCUGCAGGGUAUUAACAAUGAUAUAAUCUACAAUAUUAAAAUUAAUAAAAUUAAACCUAGUUAUUUUAUAAACUAUAGAUUAUUUAUUUUUUAAAAAACUCAUUUUUUGAAAGCAAACAGUGGCCUAAGGAAGGUCUCAUUAAAAAGCUUUUCUGAGUCAUGAUGCAUAUGAGUUUUAAAGCAAUGUAUCUUCAUUUUUUCCUGAUAUCAGAGCAAUAGUGUGGCUGCAGAAUCGACGUGAGGCCACUGUUGAGCGAACGCGGACUACAGGCACGGUGCGAAGAGAUGAUCCAGGAGAAUUCAGAGUUGGGCGCCUUAAACAUGAAAGAGUAAAAGUUCCACGUGGUGAAUCCUUGAUGGAGUGGGCAGAAAAUGUAAUGCAGAUUCAUGCAGACAGAAAGUCAGUCCUAGAGGUAAAAUAGGUUCCUCUUAAAAAAUAAUACUUCACUGUGUCUCUCACUUCUGUAGUGUUAAGUGAGCACAAUUGUUUAUUAGAAAAGAUAUAUUCCAAAAGACUGCUAGUACUAUUGUUGUGGUCUCUGGUUUCCAGGUGGAGUUUUUGGGAGAAGAAGGAACAGGAUUGGGACCCACCUUGGAGUUUUACGCACUGGUGGCAGCAGAAUUCCAGAGGACAGAACUGGGAGCAUGGCUCUGCGAUGACGACUUUCCGGAUGAUGAAUCGCGUCAGGUAUAUUUUGUCUUUGUAAUCAGUCAGUAGAGCUGAUAAGUUACAUUCUGUUUGUGUAUCUCUUGAAAUACCUUAACACUUUCCUUCACUUUUUUUUUGGAUUUUUUAAAAAACAGGUGGAUAUAGGUGGCGGAUUAAAACCUCCGGGAUAUUAUGUACAGCGAUCUUGUGGUCUGUUCACAGCACCAUUUCCACAGGAUAGUGAUGAACUUGAAAGAAUAACCAAACUUUUUCACUUUCUGGGGAUUUUCUUAGCCAAAUGCAUCCAAGACAACAGACUGGUGGACUUGCCUAUUUCUAAGCCGUUCUUUAAACUCAUGUGCAUGGGAGACAUUAAAAGCAAUAUGAGCAAAUUGAUUUAUGAGUCGCGGGGUGACAGAGACUUGCACUGCACAGAAAGUCAGUCAGAGGCGUCUACGGAAGAGGGGCACGAUUCUCUCUCAGUAGGAAGCUUUGAAGAAGAUUCCAAAUCAGAAUUUAUCCUUGAUCCACCAAAGCCUAAACCCCCAGCUUGGUUUAAUGGGAUUUUAACGUGGGAAGAUUUUGAAUUGGUAAACCCUCACAGAGCAAGAUUUUUAAAAGAAAUUAAAGACCUUGCAAUAAAGAGACGUCUAAUAUUAAGCAACAAAGGACUUUCAGAAGAUGAGAAAAAUACUAAAAUGCAGGAACUAAUGAUGAAGAACCCAUCAAGAUCGGGACCUUCUCUUAGCAUAGAAGAUUUAGGGUAAGGUAUUACACUCACCCCCCUUUUGCUCAUAUAUACAUGUGGCCGCCUUGUGGAGUAAUAAAUUGACUUAUGCAUGUUUAGACAUUUUGUUCCAUACACUGAGAAUUAUUUUUUUUUAGUGCUUUAUCCAUAUCGUUUCUACUGUGUUUUUUCAAAUUUUGCAAUUUUCAAAUUUUGUGAGAUGAUUCCCACUUAAGAGCAAAGCAAACUGCCUUGUACAAACUCAGAACAUUUCUCCAUCUUGCUCAAUAUUAUGCAAAGUGAUUGAUGGCAGCAUUUCAGAGUUUCCCAACCCUUCCAGGAAAUGCCAGGGAUUGAAUCUAGGCCCUCUUUCAUGCAAAGCAUGUCUUCUGCCACUAUUGCUGUGUAUCUACUAAUUCCAUCUCCUACCUUACAGGCUGAAUUUCCAGUUUUGCCCUUCUUCCAGAGUAUAUGGCUUUACAGCAGUGGAUCUUAAGCCUGGUGGUGAAGAUGAGGUAGAGGAAAAAUUCUUCAUAUGAGAGUUAAAUAUUACUUGAUUCUUCUGUGAUGUGAUGUAAACAUUAUCUGUCCAUUUACUUCGAUUUCGUUACAGUUGGUUACUAUGGAUAAUGCAGAGGAGUACGUGGAUCUGAUGUUUGACUUCUGCAUGCAUUCUGGCAUACAGAAACAGAUGGAUGCUUUUAGAGGUAUGUAAUUGACUAGCAUAUAUGGGCUGUUUAACCAUUUAAAGGAAAUAUUUAUCAGUUAAGGAAUUUCAAACAUAACAUGGUUCUCAGCUCGUGCUUAUGCUUUUUUACUUUUUGUUUCAAGAUGGCUUCAACAGAGUCUUUCCAAUGGAAAAGCUGAGUUCCUUCAGUCAUGAAGAAGUGCAGAUGAUUCUUUGUGGAAAUCAGUCACCGUCAUGGGCAGCUGAAGAUAUAAUCAACUACACAGAACCUAAACUUGGCUACACUCGAGACAGGUACUUCACCCAGUGGCAAGAUAUUCGCGCUACUUUCAGGACUUGGCAACAAGGAAUUGUGGGGUGUUGACACUGAAAAUGUGUGGCAGGUGCAGAAAAUUCAAUCUAGAUAAUUACACCUGACAGCUUCUAGGAGCCUCCGGUAAGAGCCGAGUGCAGGGUGGGGGACCAAAGCUGGACAGGCUACCCCAGAAGUAGCAUGAUGUGUCCCCCACCAGAGGUACUACUCCUCACCUAACACUCCAUACACUCCUCUGGAUAUGAGUGCCUUGUUACUCAGUGGUGCUUCGCUUGAGCAGCACUUGCUAUCCAAAUGGGUGUCUACAGCUUUGCAUAUGCCACUGAUCUCCCAGUGGGUGGCAGGCUUGCAUACCCAGACACUUUUCCCACAUUGAUGUUUAUGGCUGGAUAGUUCUAUCAAGUUAUCUCUGAAUGUUUCAUUAUUAAGCUGGCUAGAACAAGCAAGGUUUUUUUUUCUUCUUCACAUGUACCAGGUCUCCUCCAUAAGGUAUGGAGAAGAAACAUACCAAGUGUAAAACACAAGAGAAAAGGGAACUUUUGUCACUCCCUCACUGUAGCAAUUCAUUUGAAGGUGCUGUUUAAUAGGUCCCUGCUUUUAAAAGUGUAAUUUGUCUAUUAUGAAAAGAAAACAGAAAAUACUUUUAGAAAAUCACAGUAAAUGGACUAUUGUCAAACAACUUGGUUUGAUGUGUUUGGUGCAGUAAUAAAACAAAAUCAGAUUUUUAUAGUUCACUGAACUGAUGUCUACAUGGGUACAUCUCAAUUGUGCAAUCUGUCUUCCUUUGGGGGGCGGUGGGCAGGGGAAGGUAAAUAAGAUAAGGCUUAAAAGUACACGGCUAGGUAUUGCUUCACAAUGUUCUGAGCAUUGGUCCACCUCAUGCAGAGUAUUGUACAAUGUGGAUUGUCCUAAACAGACUUGAAACUAGAUGCUUGUAUGCUGUUUUCAUGAUCUGUGUAGGUAAUGAGGAGGAGACUGCUUUAGGAGUGAACACACAAUAAGUAAAUAAACUUUCAUGCCAGCAAAGAGGAAGACAGGGAAAUGCUAUGUUUACAUACUAACAUUGUCACGUAAUAUUUGGGAAAUAUUUCUUUAAUAAUAAUCUCCCCGCCCCCGAACAAAAAUAAAGUAUACCUACGACAUAUCUUUAUCUUCAAAUGCUAAUGUUUGAUAAGGUGAUUUAUUUAGGAAUUUAAUAUAUUAAAAGACAAGCAUUAAAAGCCAUUUGGUUAUGUCAACCAUUUGACACUUAGUUCAUUAUAGAGCAGUUGAGCAGCAGUAACAAACCAUGGCCUUUGGUUUAGCAUUUGUUUCAGUCCAGACAAACCACUUUUGGCUUCAUAUCAUGGUUGGUUCGGAGCAAAAACCAGGUGCAUGGUUUGUUGCUUGUGCUAGGGGAAGAGUGAAGUGGUAACCACUUAACUCUUAACUAGGGUGUACAGUGGUACCUUGGUUCCCAGACAGCUUAGUUGUCAAACAAAUUGGCUCCUGAACACCGCAAACCCUGAAGUAAGUGUUCCCGUUUGUGAACGUUUUUGGAAGCCAAACGUCCAAUGUGGCUCCCGACUGAGUGCAGGAAGCUCCUGCAGCCAGUUGGAAGCUGCGCCUUGGUUUUCAAACAGUUUUGGGAUUCGAACGGACUCACGGAACGGAUUAAGUUCGAGAACAAAUGUACCGCUGUACUGUGAUAUGCAGAUGCAUGUUCAUGCACUAGUUCAACACUGGUUUGAUUAUGCAACACAUAAUCAACACUGUAGGUAUAUUUAACAUCCAUUCUGUUUUGUGCUUUAGCCCUGGAUUCCUGAGAUUCGUUAGAGUUUUGUGUGGCAUGUCUUCCGAUGAAAGAAAAGCAUUCCUGCAAUUCACAACUGGCUGUUCAACACUUCCCCCAGGAGGCCUGGCUAAUCUACAUCCCCGUCUCACUGUUGUACGCAAGGUAUGGCCAUUUCUUAAAAGUUUUGACUAUAUAUCUAAGCAAAGGUGUGUUAGAUUUUUUUAAUGAAGUCUUGUCUUUGAGAUGGCUUGCACUCCACAAAGUGCCUGUCAGGCCUUUGGCAGAGGUCUUCAUGGACCCUGUUAAUGCAGGGGUCAGCAAACUUUUUCAGCAGGGGGCCAGUCCACUGUCCCUCAGACCUUGUGGGGGGGCUGGACCGAUAGAUAAAUAGGUACCGUUCCAGCAGGAAGGUAAACGGCGUUUCCGUGCGCUGCUCUGGUUCGCCAGAAGCGGCUUAGUCAUGUUGGCCACAUGACCCGUAAACUGCGGACAAAUGCCGGCCUAUAGAGCGAGAUGAGCGCACAACCCCAGAGUCGUCCGCGACUGGACCUUACGGUCAGGGGUACCUUUACCUUUAACAACACAGAAUUGAAAAGGAAAUGUGCGCUACAUUCACUAUUUUAAAAGUUGAUUGUGGAUUUUUAUUCACAGGUUGAUGCUACGGAUGCAAGUUACCCAUCUGUGAAUACAUGUGUGCACUACCUUAAGUUGCCUGAGUAUUCUUCUGAAGAGAUUAUGCGAGAGCGCCUGCUAGCUGCUACCAUGGAGAAAGGCUUUCAUCUCAACUGAGCUGAUGAAUAGGACACAGGAUAUGACAAACUGGUUUUGCAUUGAUAACUAGUGAAGCCUCUUGUGUUGUAUGUGCAGAAAAUACAAUCUCCACGCUGUGCUCUACUGAGACUUGCCUUUCCCCCACCCCAUCCAUGAGGCUUUGGAAACACAUGGAAAAAUUGUUAGCUGCUAAUGAAACAAAUCCCAAUGAAUUACACAGCCAGCAAGAAAAAGGCAAGAACACUGUGUGAUGCUUCCAAGGGCUUGUGCAACCAGAAGCUGAAGCAAAUGUUUGACUGUUCCAAAGAGCAGAUCUGCCGAUUUUCAGUGUUCACUGAUACAAGAUUUAUAACAGUGUAUUUGUGUAAAGUUUAGUGUUUAAUACCCUGUACACUACAGUUGCCAUCACUGAUCCCUGUUUUGCUGGCUUUAAGCUAACUGGUCAGAAAUCUGCUUCCAUAAAACUUAGUCAUUGGGCAUCUCAAGCUUUCUUUCCUUCCUUUCCUUCCUUUCAUGGUGCCUGCACUAUAGGAGUAUGCUAGUGUUGGGGGGGGUGUUUGCGUAUAAUCAUGCACAACCUUUUAUUAUUAUUUCAAGUGGGAAUACAUUUUGAUUUCUAAAUGCCCUGCUAUAAAGAUUAAAUCCUUGUAUGUGUGUGUGUGUGUGUGCGUGCAGCUCAACAAUAAAGCUUUUAAAAGACACUGAUCCCUGGUGCAAGGCCCACUUUAAAGCAAGUUUUACUUUUGGUUGUAUUUUCUUUGUAUAUUAAAAACAUUUAUUUAACUUGUUGCAGUUUGAAGUUUAAAAAAAGAUUUCCAAUGUGUAUGCUCAACAUUAAUCAUUAAAAAGUUUGCAGCGUAUGAAACCGCUUACUAGUUCUUCUGUUAUGUUGGUAUGCAGAAUAGUGCCUUGAAUUCUAAUGCUUUAUUUCUUCAAAUAAAAAUACUUGGUCUUGUACUACAC